GCGCCGUCAGCGGCGCCAAGCCGGGCAAGAAGACCCGCGGCCGCGUCAAGAUCAAGAUGGAAUUCAUCGACAACAAGCUGCGGAGAUACACCACGUUCAGCAAGAGGAAGACGGGCAUCAUGAAGAAGGUAACCGGGGCGGGGGAAAGAGGGCAGUUCGCGUGCAAGGGGGGGUUAUUUCUGGAUAAUAGGGGUCCUGGGCUUCCCCUCUGCCUGUAGAAAGGGGAUGGAGCUCUUGACAUGCUCGGAAGCACCGUUGUCUCAGCUGCACGUGCUCCGUCGGAGCGCCCCGAGGCAAUGCACCCGUUGGCUUUGGAGAGAGCAGCUCCAGGCUGGCUGGGUCUUGGGCAAUUGACACCGGAAAGGGAGCCAGCCAUGGGCCUAGCUAGCCAGCCCCGGCACCGGAAAGGCACGCCCCGCUCUGGCCCGGAUUCAGCUCGAAGAAGGCCUCCCGCCGCCCCCCGGUCGUUGCGCGAGCCCUUCACUUCGAAAUGCUUCGCGGAAAGGGGGAAAUGCAGCGGAGGGGUCACCUCGGAUGUUUGCCCAGCCCGGGUUGCGAUCGGGUGAAAGGUCGGGGCAAAUCCAUUGCAGCAUCCUCGGGGGAGAAAGGUGCGCCUGUGUUUUGCAACAGGGGAUUCCCCACCCCCCUCCUCACGAGCCUGCAAAUAAGUAGGCAAACUUGGACACCUCUGUCCCUUCCUUACCUCGUGCAGAAGAAGCCCCAUUGAGUUCAGUGGGGCUGGGCUUGCAACAUGCACGUGUUAGUUUGGGUGUUUGCUUCCCUGUAAAGUGGCAGUGGGUGGAACUGACAGGCUGACCGAGAGCCUUGAACCAAACAAAACUCCAGCCAGUCCCCUGGUGGGUUUCCUCUGCUGACCCCUCUAGUUUUGAGAGCAAGAAUCACAGUGCCAUCCUGUGCUUGUCUACUCGGAAGCAAGUCCUAUAGAAUUAAAUAGGGAUCACUCCCCACUGUGUACAGAGUUGAGCCUCUGUUGGGAACUGGGUCUGCAACCUUAAACAUGGUUACUAGGGAGCAAGCCCCCAUUAACCACAGAGAGACAUACAGCCAAGUAGACCCACAUAGUUUUGUGCUGUGGGUGAAUCAGGCUUGACUCAGGGAUAAGGAACUUGUGGUCUUCCAGAUGAGGAUGGACUUUGAUUUCCACCGAUCCCAGCCCAUUGCCAGGGUUCAGAGAUAACGGGUUCCCCAUCCCUGAUUUAAAGCUUGAUUAAAUGUUAGGGCUCCUUCUUGAGACAGGCUUGCCCCUUAAUGUGUGUUUUUUUAAAAAAACUAUCUUCCUGUUUAGGAACAGCAUUAAAAGUUAUUAGAAUCAUAGAGGGUCAUGUAGACCCUGAAAUUGAGUCUCAUACUCUACCUACUGAGCUAACUCUUUUGAGCUUAAAAAAUGAUUUGUUAGCUAUUAUGGUUAAGAUUUAUCUAACAAACCCUGUCAACAGAAGCCCUACACAGGGACUCCCGCUUGUGCAGUGGGGCUAUCCCUGCCCCCCAUGUGUCCCUGAAAUUGGCUGGGUUUGGGGUCGGAAUAACCUCCAGGACAAUGUGUGGGGUAGCAGAGAGGGAUCGUGCCAUCUGGUAAGCUGAAAUGGUUGCGCAGAUGGGACUGGAACAGCCCGAUGUUGAAUUAUUCCCUUUGCUUUUAAUUCUGGGUUUUAGGUUAGCAGAAUCAUUUUCUUCUCAUUCCCUUGAGGAUGGCACAGUUCUCCCCGUUCACUGCAGUGUUUUAUCUGAAUUUGUAUAGGGUGCUGCAAGAGCAAUCGCAAACAACUUUGGCUUAGGAAGAGGCAGAUAAGGAAAGGGCCAUAGAGUAUUAUAAAGUUAUGCAUGCAUCUUGCAAUACUAGAUCCUGGGGCCACUCAGUUAAAACUGAAUGUUGGAAGAGUCGGGGCGAGCAAAAGAAAGUUGAACUAUGAAAUUCUCUCCUACAAGGGUGUAAUGAUGGACACCAACUUGGAUGGCUUUAAAAGAGAGUUAGACAAACUCAUGGAAGUUAAUGCAACUAGCCACAAUGCCUUGUGUUUUGCCUCCAUUGUCAGAAACAACAUGCCUUUGAAUACCAUUUGCUGAGAAUCACAGGUGGGGAGAGUCUUGUUGUGCCAAUGUCUUGCUUGCAGGCUUCCCCACAGGCGCCCGGCCGGCUGCUGUGAGAAACAGGAUGCUGGACUAGCGAUGGGCCUUUGGACAGAUCCAGCUGAGCUCUUCAAAUCUUGGUUGCUGGACUAGGCUCUAAGCAGUCCAAACAACCUGUAGCUGUCCAAAUUGUGGCCUGUAUGAAGAUUUGGCAGCUGUAUUGUGCCAUAAGCUUAUGUCACAAUUCAGUUACUAGUCUUUAAGGUAACCCUGAGACUCUUGGUUGUGUUAAAACCAUCAACAUCGCCCGCUCUUUUUCAGGGAGGUAUUACGAUGUUUGAGGUGUCAAUACCAGACUUUUAAAAACACAGUGGUGCAGAACUUUCCAUAUCGCUUAAUAUUCUCUCACUCCUUCUGUUCCUCCAUCUUUGUCAACACACAGAAAUCGUUAAUACAGUAAAAAUGAUUUACCCCAUUAUAGCUAUGUCCUUACAUAUACAGUGGAUGCUUGGGUUGCGAACGUGAUCCGUGCGGGAUGCACAUUCGCAACCCACAGUGUUCGCAACCUGUGUCUGCGCACGCGUGGGUUGCAAUUCGGCACUUCUGUGCACGCGCAAAGCGCGAUUUAGCACUUCUGCGCAUGUGCAACUGCCGAAACCCGGAAGUAACCCAUUCUGGUACUUCCAGGUUUCGGCAGUCCGUAACCUGAAAAAGCGCAACCUGAAGCACCAAGGGCUCAUGUAUGCACUGUUCACAGUGGUUGCUGUGCCAUUUGAGCCUCGUAGGGUGUAAGACAGGGAGGCCAGCAGUAGGUGGAGCUAGAGUCAGGGAUGCAGCCAAGUCACUCUACGUUUGCCUCUGUUAUCCUCCCCUACAGCCGCCAGACUGGGGACUGGGAGUGGCCGCUGGGACCAUAUAACACCAGAUCUACAUUGGCUCCCAGCACAAUCCAAAGUGUUGGUGCUGACCUUUGAAAUCCUAAACGGCCUCGGCCCUGUAUACCUGAAUGAGUGUCCCCACCUGCAUUGUUCAGCCUGGACACUGAGGUCCAGCUCCGAGGGCCUUCUGGUGGUUCCUUCACUGCAAGAAGUGAAGUUACAGGGAACCAGGCAGAGGACCUUCUCGGUAGUGGCGCCCUCCCACCAGAUGUCAAGGGGAAAAGGGGAUUGCUGAGGCUGAGGUGGGGGUUGGCUGAGGGUAGACUUGUGGGCUAGAUGACCAGCAGCAGCAUCCACUGGACUGGUUGUAAAAAGGCAGGGAGGUAGAGGCUGAUUCAGGAUGGUGGGGCAGUGUGUCAUUUGUUCUAAUGGACCAGCCUCUGCUGAGUGUUUCUAGAACCCACAAAUUUAUUUAGGAUUACAGAUGAAGGCGUGGUUUGAGAAUGCAUCAUUCAGCCCCCUUCUGGAAGCUAUGCAGGUCUGGAUGGGAGCUCCAUGUUGACCACCUCAGGUUUCAUUGUGGAAGAAAGUCCAGAUAUAACUCUGCAUAAAAUAAAAUCGCAGCUUGCUUUAUUUUUGAUCAACAACUCCACAGUAUAUAUAGGAAAGUUCCAACAUUCUGCAUGUGUUUUAAGUGUUUUGAACAUGUUCCCACUCCUAGAGCCCUGUCCCAAGUAUUAGACAUCUUUACCUGAGCUGCAAAAUAUAAUUUUUUUCAAAAGGCAAACGGUACACACCCAUAGAAACAUCAUGUGCAAGUGCAACUAUUCCUAAACCAUUCAAGCAGUUGCGCAAAGAGAAUGACAGUUGUUCCCUUCCCUGUCUUUUAAAGGGGUGGAACAAUGCUGUUUGGCUAAAACUCCCAUAAACCCUGACCAUUGGGAUUGGUAGAGGAGUUGGUUCAGUGGAAAGAGUGAAAAGUAAACUCCACCAUCUCUUAUUUUAAACCACGGAUGUGGAACUUGUGGCUUUCCAGAUGUUCACCUCCAGCUCCUACCAGCCCCAGGCAGCAUGGCCAUUGGAAGCUAUGCUCCAGCAAUAACUUUACGUUAGCCAACUGUAAGCCAGGAAGGUGGCUCACAGAUUUUCAGCAGCAUCUUGAAGCCAUCAUCCCUAAAGUUGUUUGGAAGUUGAUAAGUUUGGAAACUGGUGUGUUUUGCAGCCCUAACUUAAUGGUGAAUGUCUUCUGAUGAGCAAUGAUUAGGAAACAGUGACAAAUCCCCAAAAGGGAGUGGUAUCUUUUUGCCUGAAAUCUGUAAGCGAUUGCUGCAGCUCCUUUCUCUUCUCUGUGAGUGUUUCUCUCUCUCUCUCAUAUAUACCGUAUUUUUCGCUCUAUAACACACACCAGACCAUAACACGCACAUAGUUUUUAGAGGAGGAAAACAAGAAAAAUUUUUUUUAAACGAAACAGUGGAUGUAUGAUUUUUGUGGUUCAUGCUGUGGCCACAGACAUGUGAUCUGACAGUGAGUUUGGAGUAGCCCAAUGCAAAAAUCCUGAGGAUCCAUGUGGAUCCAUGCUUUGUAACCAUAUUUUUGCACCACUGCGACCCCAGGCAACAGUGGGUGUGUGAUUUUUUUGGUGCAAGAUGUAGCCAUGGACAUGCUAUGUGAUCUGAUGUUGAAUUUGGGGUGACCCAGUGCAAAAAUCCUGAGGAUCCAUGUGGAUCUGUGCUUUGUAACCACGUUUUAAGUGGGGAGGGAAGGAAAAGCGCUCAAGGGACAAGGAGCACGCAUGGGGUGUGUGGAGAAGGAUGCUGCUAAUAAUGCUAUUUAGCGAGCUGAGUGGGGAGGAGAGAGGGACAGAGAGCCUGCUUGCUUUAUAGGAGCCAACCGGAGAGGAGCCACUUACACUUGUGUAAGCGGCUCCUCUCCCGCUUUGCUCCUUUAAAGCAAGCAGGCUCUCUGUCCUUCUCUCCUCCCCACUCAGCGGCUCUUCUCCUGCUUUGCUGUUUCAAAGCGAGCCACGGAGGAGGGAAGGAAGGGGAACCAUGGAUCCUCUGCUCACGACUGCAGCAGAUCCCCCCCCGCCACCCGUAGGCAUUCGCUCCAUAACACGCACAGACAUUUCCCCUUACUUUCUAGGAGGAAAAAAGUGAGUGUUAUGGUGCAAAAAAUACGGUAAUUGUAGUUUCUGAGCAUAAGACUCAUGCUGCAUCAGAUCAAGACUUAAUCUCAUCCAGCAACCUGUCCCACCUCCUCCACCAGUGGUCAUCCAGGCACACCCUAGCAGCAGCCUCUCCCCAUUGAUAAUCUGAACCUAGAGGGCUCCAUUCAGCUACUAUGAUUGACAGAGUAAUGCCUAAAGCAUUUCUGCCCCUACUUUCCCACCGCAUGGGUGGUAUUCAGCUGUUUUUCUCAGAGUAGACCUGUUGAAAUUAAUGGCCCUAGCUAAGCCAUGCCCAUGAAUUUUCAGUGAUUGUACUCGGAGUAAAACGUAGGUGAAUACUGCUUUGUGUUUUCCAAGGCAGCUUGCAACCUGAAACAGUACUAAAAUUAAUUUUAAACGACCAAAAAAAAAAACAAACCCACCCACACACACACAAAAGGUAGAACACCAGUAAGAUAAAACUAGCAAACCAUUUUAUCUUCUUUUUAAAAAGCUAAGAUUUAAACAGAUUUUGCUGGGUUCCUAAAUGCUAACAGCGGAGAUGCUGCGUAAACAUGUCUGGGGAGGGUGUUCAAGAAAUGGGGCAGCAUCACAGACAAGGUUUAAUCCCAGGAGUGUCUUGUGUGAAGACCUAAGUCGCCAGGAACAGUUGGUCAUUCAGAUACUCUGACCCCAAGUUGUUACAGCCAAAGCCAGUACGUAGAUCUUUUAAUGUGGGUUCAUUACCAUGAUUCAGUUCAGGCAUACCUUGACUUAAGUUGAGUUACACUUGAGCUUUCUGCCAGCACCUGCCGCCCCCGUUCCUUCUCCACUCACCGUGAUUGAAGGCUUGCCAGGUGAAUUAAUUAUACCUGAGCUGGGAAACUACAGUUACAGGAACAGAGGAAGCGACCUUAUACAUGGAGUCACACCAAUUGUCCGUCUAGCUUGAUGUUGUCUAUACACUGACUCUCCAGGGUUUCAGGCAGGUAACAACCUCGGCUCUACCUGGAGAUGCUGAUGGUUGAACCUGUGACCUUCUGCACGCAAGGCAGGUGCUCUGCAGCUCGACUCCAGAGCUUCCUCAAUUGCAGCAAACCAGAAUCUUGACCCAUGGUUUGUAGUUGGUUUGGGAUCUAGGUUUGUUCUGAACCUGGUAAUUGUAGUUUCCCAAUAUGAUGGACUAACUUGGAAAAUCUGAGUCACGUACAGUGGAAGGGGUCACUGGCUUUAGGCACAUGAACGCCUCGGCUUAUUGAAAUAUGUCUGAACCAGACCGGUGCAUCCCUGUUUAUAAUCUGACCGCUGUGUUCAGCUCCGGUGAAAGUUUUGGAAAAAUCGUCGGAGGCAGCUUCAUUGUAGCACAUGAAGGUAGCCCAGAGGUGGACUCCCGGUUCUAUCCCUGGUUUCUGACCAGGGAAUUGGAGUUAAUGAUAUCCACAAGUUCCUCAUCCCUGUAGUAGUCUGAAUCUGGAUGUUACUGACUUAGGGCUAAUUGUGGCAUGGUGUUUUCUUUCCAAGAAAGGGGGUGCAUCUGUUGCAUCCAUUUUGAAGCCAGUGAAACCAGCUUUGUAGCACAGAAUCCCCUGAGCUUUGGAUCUGACCACCCCUGAAAGCUGUAGACCUGACUCUUCCAAGAUGGGCGGCAGAAUGUCCCACAUCUUUUCUGCACUGAGCUUCGGUUUGUUCUUUCUCAUCUAACACAUGGCCCUCCAGCCACUGGCUUUCAUCAUCUCCUCUGCUCUCCUCUCCCGAGUAAAUGGCAGAAAUUAGGCCAGCACCCUUGGGCCAAAUGUGUUGUGUGGUUGCGGGCCCUCUGCACACGCCGUCGUCGUUGCCAUUUGAGAAGCUCUCCAACAGCUGGUCUUGCCUUCCCCCUGAGUCGCUGCUGUGAAAUGAAGCCUGGAGCAGCUGUUUGCCAUUGGGACAAAGUUGAAGAAAGGCUCUGUUCCCUCCCUCAGCUGUCCUGCUCUCUGGUUGUGGCCAUGACCAUAGAGCGGACUGAAGCACUCUGCCGCUCUCUGCAGUACUUUGCCAGCAGUCUGGCCAAACAAGAAUUCAAGGGGAGUCGGGAAGCUGCAAUCCAGCUCUGUGUGUGAAGGUCUGCCUAAGGUCUGGGGCAAGGGGCUGUGGAGACAGCUGUAGGCAAGCUCCUAGGACUGGAAUGUCACACAUCCUCUCGACUUGCACCUGUAGAGUUGGCCAGUGCAGCUUGGAGCCUGUUGAGUCAAACACAGCCCAACAGCUGAUGGGUAUAUAGGAAGCUACCAUCUACUAGAGUCGGAUCAUGGUUUCAUCUACCUCUGCAUCGCCUGCACUGGCCGGCAGCACCUCUUUCAAACGGGACCCCCUGAGCCCUAUCUGGAGAAAUCGGGGAUCGAACCUGUGACCCGCAUGCAAAGGCAAGGCCCUGAGCUGUAGUCCUCCCCACCAGGGACUUGAUUCAAACUCCUAGAUCUGCUGUGUGCCCAGGAACAGCAGAGGGGGUGGGGUGAAAAACAUGGCAACUGGAUUCUGCUGAUCUCUCUUUCAGGACUUGUUUCCCAACAAUGCCUGCCGUUUCAAAGGGAUGGCCAAAGGGGGCUUUGACAAGUGAGAGAGAUGAGCAGAACCUGCAUCCUUGUCAGCAUCAUUACUUAACUUUGUUUGUUGUUGUAUGUUAUUUUAUCUAUUUAUAAGAGCAUUGCCUUGCUGCAACUGAAACGUCACUCGCAAGUAAUGCUCUGAGGGCCUGGGCCCAGGCGUAGCCAUAACCCUUAGACGGUUAGGGCAGAACAUAAAUCAGCGUCUUAAAAGUUCAGAUUCCCAAGGACUCUUCUUGCCCAUCUUGGCUGCUGUAGGGUUGCUUCUGUGCAUUGCAGAAUAUGCACCAAGCAACUGCCUUUUGUUUAGACACGGAGUUGCAUUGAGUUUGCGGGAUUAUGAAUGUGCAUGCACACACGUGCACUUUGCUCUUAAAAAAAAUAAACCUCUUAGAAGUGACUAUAUGGGAUUUUGUUUACAACACCUUGGGCCAUCAUUUCAGGAGAACUUGGAGUGGCUGCUCAGUGUGAAGUAGCCUAGUUGUGCAGCCGGGUAGAUCUCGCCAUACUAACCUGCUGUCCUCCAGGCAUUCCUUGGCUUGUCCCUGCUCUGGUUGUGGCUUUCUGUCACCUGGAUGAUCACCUGGAGUGUUGCUGCUGUAGAGGUCAGUUCAGCAAGCAGUGCACGAAAGCAUUUAAGGCACUCGCCCUCCCCCUUUUCUUUAUGGAAUUAUUCUGCCAAGAUCUGCAGCUAACUCUGCUGGUUUUCUGUAGCUCAAGGCAUUCGUUGUCUCCAGCGCUUUGUCUAUUAAGCUGUUUGCAGAGAAGCAGUGACAAUGAUAAUGAAAUUAGAGGCUUCAACUGCUGAGCAAAUCUUGCUUUCCCCAUGCUUGGGGACUUCUUAGUAUAUAUUUUGCAUUGUUAUGCGUUUGUCACCGGGAUGCAGGUUUGAAAGCCAGUCUUCUGAUGCAUUUCAAUGCUCCUUGUCCCAUUUUAUUCUUUGAUAGGGUAGUUGAAUUUUGGUAAAAUCCUCAUAGAGAUCUUGAGGCUGCUGAAAUGGUUCAGUUGGGGGUCAAGUGGUGUUAUAUGUAUACUGCCCGAAGUUGCCACUUAAGCAAAGUGUUAGCUGCAGUUACCCUUUGCUGGACAGAAUAUGUGAUUUACUCUGUUCUUUGGGCAAAACAAAACAAAACAAAGAACCUGCAUUUCCCAGUGUUGCAUUCUCUCUUGAACACCCAGUUUGUUUUGCUCUUUAGGAGACAAACUGUUCUUGCAUUUUAGCCUUGGUGCUCUGGAGCAAGAGAGACGUGAGCAAAUACAGCCUUGAAUUUGGUGGGAUGCAUGGAUGUGCGUUGGUUUGCAUUUACUGCUGGAGGCCAACCCUUGCCAACCUGCUGCCCUCCAGAUGUUUUGAACUAUAACUCCUAUCAUUCCCAGCUAGCAUACGUGCCCUGGCCAAGGCUGAUGGGAGAUGCAGUCCAAGACAUCUGGAGGGCACCAUGUAGGCAAGGGCCGCUGUAAGUUAAUUAGAAUGGGGGUGGGGAACUUUGACCCUUCCAUAUUUGGUUGGACCAAAUAAGAUGCUCCUGCGUCCUCUUCUCCUCGUGGCCUCUAGGAAACCCACAAGCAGGACAGAGCACAAGAACACUCUUGCCUCCUGUGGUUUCUAGUAACUGGUAUUCAGAAGCAUUACUGCUUCCAACCAUGGAGGCAGAUCAUAGCCAUCAUGGCAAGUAACCAUGGAUUGCCUUUGUCCUUCAUGAACUUGUCUAAUCCUCUUUAAAAGCCAUCCAAGUUGGUGACCAUCGCUCCCUCCGUGGGAGCAAAUUCCAUAGCUUCCCUCUCUCCUGUGCAAAUAAAUACUUCAUUUUGUCCAUCCUGAAUCUUCCAGCAGAAGGUCCAGAAGUUCUAGUGUUAAGAGAGGGAGAAAGUCUCCUCUACCUCUGUGCUGUGCGUAGUUUUAAAAACUUCUGCCAUGCCGCCUCUUUCUCUGAACGAAAAGCAUCCCAAGCUCUGAAUCUUUCUUUAAAUCAGAGUCGCUCCACACCCCCUUGGAUCAUUUUGGUCCCUUUUCGAUAUCCUGAGGCGAGGCGACCAGAACAACGCACAGUAACUCCCACCAUUGGCCACGCUGCUUGGGACUGGCGGGAGUUUGGAGUCCCAAUAGCAUUUGGAGGGCUGCAUGUUCCCCACCAAAAGGGAUGCGGGUGGCGCUGUGGGUUAAACCACAGAGCCUAGGACUUGCUGAUCAGAAGGUCGGCAGUUCGAAUCCCCGUGACCGGGUGAGCUCCCGUUGCUUGGUCUCUGCGCCUGCCAACCUAGCAGUUCGAAAGCACGUCAAAGUGCAAGUAGAUCAAUAGGUACCACUCCGGCGGAAAGGUAAACGGCGUUUCCAUGCGCUGCUCUGGUUCGCCAGAAGUUGCUUAGUCAUGCUGGCCACAUGAGUAGGUCACGACUAGACCUAAUCAUCAGGGGUCCCUUUACCUUUAUGUUCCCCACCACUCAGGGGAUCGUUGAUAAAGGAUAGCUCUGUGAACAGCUACUGGUAGGCAUGAGAGACAAAAAGAACCUCAUUGCCGUACUUGUGAACACAACUUGCUGGGAAGGGCUGUUUUCCUCAUGCCCUGCUUGUGAGACUCCACAAGGCACCUACCUGCCUACAGCUUCCUGGACUAAGAAUCAGAGAAUCAUAGAGUUGAAUGGGGCCCUGAGGAUCAUCUAGUCCAGCGGUUCUCAGCCUGUGGGUCCCCAGAUGUUGUUGGACUACAACUCCCAUCAUCCCUGAGCUCUGGCCUUGCUAGCUAGGGGUGAUGGGAGUUGUAGUUCAACAACAUCUGGGGACCCACAGGUUGAGAAAGGCUGAUCUCGUCCAAGCCCCUGCAGUACAGGAAUAUGCCGCUGUUCCUUCUGGGGAUCGAACCCGCAACUUUGGUGCUGUCAGCACCGCACUGUAACCAACUGAGCUCAAAUGAGACUAGCUGGACCUUUUGCCUCUUCCAGCAUUGCUCUCCUCCUGUUGUCAGACCCAAGCUGUGCAAUGGCCGGAGGAGAGCCUUAGCUGCGGGAUUUGACAAUUAACUGCCCGAACUGCUGCUUUUCUGCUCUCUGACCUUGUCAGUGGUGGUGGGGGUAAAGGGCACCUGUGAGGAGGCAAGUCCGCCCGGGAGGUCGGCGUGGUAUCUAAGAGAGGUCAGGCUGUGGCAUAUUGCUUGGUGAUGACUUUGGCUGACGUUCCGAAAGCUCUACUGACUCCGCUUCCUCUCGCUGACUGAUGGCCUGUGCUCAACUGUCAAUUGCAGUACCGUUUCCCCUGAGUAAGUUCCUCCUCCUGUCAUUGUGUUGGCCCAGGGAUGAACAAAGCCCCCUGAAGCAAGUGACUUGGAUGGAGAGCAAAGCUCUUGUGGUCCUCGCAGGAGAUUAUGGUUUGGUCCGGUUUGGUGCUAUCUCUGAUUUUGGUGGCGACGGGAGGGAAAAAAGCAGUGAGCUUUGACUCUUGCUUGCAAACUGCUGAAGCACGAUAACAGAAGACAGAGUGUUGUUUGCCUUUGUUAAGGGUUCUCUGAAGUGAGAUUUCUUGCCCGCUAGCGCAGGUAGCUGGCAUUGAGUGGGUUUGAUAAGGUAGCGAAUCACAAGCUAACCAGUGCAGACUGUAUGGAGGAGACUGGCGUAUGCAGCAGGUAGAAAACCGUUGCCUAAUUGGAUACUAAUUGGGACUUCUUUCACAAGUGAAGGAAUGCUGACCAUGCUUCUGAGCAUGUGUGAAGUACUUUUCCCUCCUUGCUGUGUAAUUGGAAGCAGUCCUCUGACAUUUUUAGGGGUGGGGGUUGCAAGAUAAGACUGUGGCUUCCAGGCCUAGAGCCUCCUUCUUUUUUAGAAGGUGAAUUUUGCCGAAAACUAUGUGUAUACACACACACACACACAGAGAGAGAGAGAGAGAGAGAGAGAGAGAGAGAGAGAGAGGCUGGUUGUGUUCUGUCUGGAUAAGCCAAAUACGUAGCUGAGAAAGAUGACACAUAUUUCUUUCUGCUUUACCCUGGAUAGCAAGAAUUCAUGGGAGGUCUUGUUUUUGGGAACAGAGUUUUUGGAUGGCCACACUGGUGCCACACCUUGUGCCAAUGUGCCGGGUCGAUUGUUUUCUGAGAGCCUUCCUGAAGGAGAACUCUCCAGUGCCAAGUACGCAGAAUGUUGAGACUGGGACCGGGGUGUGCGCACGAUAUUUAUAAACAUGGCAAAACAGUAGAUUUAGGAAAAAAGAAUCCCAAGGAGUUGCGCUCCUCCAGUGUUAGGCCUGUGGAUUAGAAGCCAGAGCCUGGGCUAGGGGCCUGUAGAAGCAUGUAAGAAAGGCAGAGGCCAGGGGAAUGUGUAAAACAGCUCUCCCCAGCUCCCUUAAGAUAUGGAACUACAAUUCCCAUCAGCCCUAGCCGGCGGGAUGAUGGGAAUUAUAGUCCAGCAACAACUAGAGGCACAAGGUUGGGGAAGACUGGUAUAAACAGUGCAAGCCUUAGAAAAUAUUGGGGGGGAGAAAUUAGGUGCAAUGAGAGGAAAUGUUAAAAUAUGUGCAUAAUAGUCGCUGGAUGCAGAAAUGGACAGAGUUUUUUAAAAUCAAUUGAAGUAUCUUCUUUUUUAAAGAAAAGGUCAGAGUUCUUGUCCUUUUAAAAGCUGUGUCACGAAAUUUCCUUUUCUGCCUGUCCUUUUUGGCCUAUAAAACCUAGGCACCUUAGCUGAUUUUUUAGUUUACUCCUGUGGAUGCUAGGUUACUGGAACUGGCAGGGGAAGGGAUUUGGAUGGAGGAAGUAAUUAUCUGAGGGAUAAGUUGUGUGGUCCAGAUUGCUAUCUGGCUUGGAAGUUGGGGAGGAAUUGGGGAGGGUCCUGCUCCUCAGCCGCCAGAGUCUCCCUGCAAAAGCCUCUGUUGUGACAACUGGGCUCCUGGGGCCUAGUUCAGUUUAAACUCUGCGAUAGCAUGGGCUGCAAGGGAAUUCCCGUUCUCCAGAGGGGGCUGUGGGAUUGGAACAGAAUGCCCAGUUGAAGAAAAGGGAACUAAAGUCAAAACAAAACCCUUAAAAAUGUUACAACUCCCCAUCUCCUCCAGAUUGACGUUGGUCAUUAUGAAACCCCACUUAACGAACAAGGCCUUGCAGCGCAUUUGAAAGAUGCUUCGGUCUUUGGAGUUUUACUGAGUGUGGCUUUGGCUGCUUGGAAGGGUCAGAAAAGAUGCUGCAGGUACUUUGGUGCAAAUAUACUUUGUCUGCAGUACCAGGAUAAUUGGCAAAAGCAGGAAUUUAUGUAUAGUUGAUUCCCCCCCUUAUAAUAUAGCAAAAUGUUUUACACACACACAUACAUGCAAUUAAACCAAGGUGUUUGGAUUUAAAUCCCACCACAUGGUGAUUCUUGUGUUAAGUUAUUGGGUUUUAGCCUGAUUGAAUUUAAAGUUUUGCUAACUGCGCCCUUUGUGAGACUCUUCAUUUUAAUCGAACUUGCUUCUCUGUGGGUCUUUGCUUAUUUCAGUCAGGCUUGCCACUCGUUCAGUUUGUUUCCUAGAGGAAGGAAGUAACAAAUAAGAACCACUGAAUAACUAGAACAUGUUUGCUCACAAGUGAGCAGAAUCUAGUACCAGUCUGUGUUUCCAGGAGUCUAAACUCGUAACUAUGCGCCGGUUCACUUGAGCAGUUACCUGCCUUGGAAAUACUCCAAUUAUCUUAACUUGUUAGGAAAUUGUAAAUAAGGUAUUUGUUAGUUACAGUCUGUAUUCUGAUAAGCUGAGAAUGUUGUUAUCAUGUGCCUACGAAAAAGACACCUAUUUUUUCAUUAAAAAACCAAACUUUAUUGACAUACAGUAAAAAUAAUGGAUAUGGCAAAUAAAAAGGAAUGUGAAAGUAGAAAAAUAAAACACAGAUACAGAGGAGGGGUAAAAAAAACCAAGAAACUGCUGAAAAUACAAUGCCUCAUUCAGUUGUCAGAUAUGAGAAGAAGGUGGGUCAAUUCAGUUCUCAGUAAAACCUCUCCACAUGCUUGUCUGUCGUACAGGUGGUGUAGUGGGCUGUUCAAUUGAGUUAGCAUAGCAGAGGAGCUUACACCAUAUUGAGUAAAAAAGGACAAGGCACCUGAUUUUGACAAAGCAUUGUACAUAAGAUUAAAAACAAGGAAGGCUUUGCCCAUGUUUUGUUUUGGCUUUCUUAACAUCAGAGCUUCAAAACUGGGACUGCCAGGCAAGAGGCACUGCUAUAUGCUUUGGGUGGUAUUAAACCAGGUUUCCUCAACCUCAGCCCUGCAGAUGUUUUGAGACUACAAUUCCCAUCAUCCCUGACCACUGGUCCUGCUAGCUAGGGAUCAUGGGAGUUGUAGGCCAAAAACAUCUGGAGGGCCAAGGCUAAGGAAGCCUGUAUUAAGCUAUGCCUGGAGCAACUGAAACUAAUGAACAUGACUAAGUUAGGUCCAUUAAUUUUAGUGGGUCUUCUCUUAGUUGAAUAUCACCCUAUGAUUAUGGCUCUCAACCGAUUAGUGAUGGGGAACCUUGGGUCCAGGGCCAAAUGCACCCCUCCGGGCCUCUUUGUCUGGGCCUUGAAACUCCCCAAGCCCACACCCUUCACUUGCGCUUCUGCACACCCAGAGUGUUUGGCCCCAGUCAACAAAUGCUGCAGUUAACUGCCCUGCCAGCUAACUGAAUUAAAACCUUCACUCUUCCUUUCAGGAUUAAUAAAUGGGACUAUUCAGAGGAAGCAACAACUUGGAAAAACUUGUGUUUGAAAAUGAGCAAAGUGCAUGCUCAUAGGCCUAUCUCUUUGCUCGAAUCAGCUUGAUGUCCUUCCCAUGUUUCGGACUACAGUUCCCAUAAUCCUUUAGCCAUGCUGGCUGGAGCUGAUGUGGGUUGGAAGUCCAACAACAUCAACAUCCGGAUUGACUAUGGCUGAUAUAAAUAGUUUGGGGAAAAGGUGUCCCCCAUGAUCCUUAUACAGUACCUCUCUACUUGCAUAUUUAAUGUUUCCCCCCUGAAUCUCUGGUUGAAUUAUCCCCAGUUUAAGGAUUGGUUCUCCCCACUCCUGCUUUCCAAAUGUAAUUGCCAUGCUUGAGCAAGCUGCCUCCAGGUUUCUAGCUGCCGGCUUGCUUGGUUAGUGAUGUGGCUGUGUUUAAGAGGAAGAAGAAAGUGCUCUUGAGUGCAGUUGACCCACCUACAGAAGGCGGUAAGCAACUCCUGUUGAUUGUAACAGAUUUGACUUGCACCGUGUUCCUGUAUAAGCAGCAGAGGCGUGAGAAGCUUCUACCUUGGAAUUUGAGCAUACUUAAUUUUGCCUUGUUUGAAGAAAUAGUGCAUCUCAGCUACAAUCAGGUAUAUUUAAAUGAACUAUUCAUUUUGCUUAACAUUUUACUACAAAAAGAUAGAGUGCAGUUGCAAAACGUUAACAAAUCUUGGGUACUGCCAUUUUAAUUUGCAAAAAAAGGCGUUUAUGGUUCUCAUUCACCCUCUUCAGAACUCAGAGUUCAGGUGAAGUGGCAGGGCUGGUUCGGAGUGCCUCACUCGAGACCACAUAUUAUGGCAAAAGUGGGACUUGAAUCGAAACCCUGAAAAGAAGUUUCUUGGAAGGUAUACAGAAAACGAAGUGAUGGACAAGCCAGUAGAAUAGUUGCUUGUUUAGUCUUCUGGUUAGAGAGGUGCAAAAGCUGCUUCUUUUUAAAAAUUGCUUUUUAUUGAAUUUUAAAUUGGUUAUUCGUCUAUAUAUUCUGUUCACUCUUUAACAUAUAUUGUACACAUAUAAAAAAAAUCAAACAAUAACAAUAUUUCUACACAAGUGACUUCCCACCACCUCAGCUUCUGUCAUCUUUCUCUUCUCAACUAUGUUGUUUUUCCUUAUUGCCUUUCUAAUACAUAAUAUAUCUCAGGGGUGGCCAACUCCCAAGAGACUGCAAUCUACUCCCAGAAUUAAAAACUGCCCGUUUUUUAGGGGUUCUGGUCAAAGUUGUUGAGCUUCUUUUAGGGAGAAAGGGGAACAGCCACUCACCAACAGAUCGCUGUGUAAAGCCUCACUCAGUAAACUCCAUCUUCCGUUCUGCAGAUCAUGCGACAAUGGAGGGCGGGCUGGGCCAGAUUCUAAUUUACCAAUGGAAUGGGACCCGGGGAUCCACCACGAUCUACCAAAACCUCCCAGGGAUCUACCAGUAGAUUGCGAUCGACCUGUUGGACAUACCUGAUAUAUCUUACCUAUCUGAUCUUUACUUUGCAAAAUUAAGUCGGAGCAUAUCAGGGAUUUUAUUUGAGAACAACGUUUCCCCAGAUAAUCUUUUACACAUUCCCACUCCGUUUUGAAUUUUUGGUUUGGUUGGUUCCUAACUGCUUCUGUCAUGCUUGCUAAUUACAAAUACAGUGGUGCCCCGCAAGACGAAUGCCUCGCAAGACGGAAAAACCGCUAGACGAAAGGGUUUUCCGUUUUGAAGUUGCUUCGCAGGACGAAUUCCCCUAUGGGCUUGCUUCGCAAGACGAAAAUACCUUGCGAGUCUUGAGAUUUUUUUUCGCUUUUCCCCCCCUUUAUCUAAUCUGCUAAGCCUUUAAUAGCCUUUAAUAGCCUUUUAGCAGCUAAUCCCUAAGCCUUUAAGCCUUUAAUAGCCGCUAAACCGCUAAUAGCGCUAAUAGCGCUAAUCCGUCAAUGGGCUUGCUUCGCAAGACGAAAAAACCGCUAGACGAAGACUCUCGCGGAACGGAUUAAUUUCGUCUUGCGAGGCACCACUGUACUGAUACAAUUUAGUUUGCCAUUCUUCCUUUGUUGGUGUCCUAUUCCCCUUCCGAUUUCUUGCGAUUAAUGUUCUUGCUGCUGUUGUAGCAUAUAAAGGUAAAGGGACCCCUGACCGUUAGGUCCAGUUGUGACCGACUCUGGGGUUGCAGCGCUCAUCUCGCUUUAUUGGCCGAGGGAGCCGGCGUACAGCUUCCGGGUCAUGUGGCCAGCAUGACUAAGCUGCUUCUGGCGAACCAGAGCAGCGCACGGAAACACUGUUUACCUUCCCGCCGGAGCGGUACCUAUUUAUCUACUUGCACUUUGACGUGCUUUCGAACUGCUAGGUUGGCAGGAGCAGGGACCGAGCAACGGGAGCUCACCCCGUCGUGGGGAUUUGAACCGCUGACCUUCUGAUCGGCAAGCCCUGGGCUCUGUGAUUUAGACCACAGCCCCACCCGCGUCCUUCUGUUGUAGCAUAUAGGAACAGCCGUUUUCGAGAGGUGCAAGAGCUUCUAUGCCCAUCAAGUGGAGAGUUUGUUAGACUCUGGUUCAGAUUUCAGGUGAUGGAAAAGGCCUGUGCCUGAGUUCUUGGGAGAGCUGCUGCCAGUCAGAGUAGGCUAGAUGGGAAAGUAGUCCGACCUUCUAAUUUGAAGCUGGCUUCCAACAUUCCUGUUUGCCGUGCUUGCUGGGUGGCUGUUUGCCAAAGUAGGCUCCCACUCUCACCCCCCCAAGUUGUUCUUGGUAAGAGAGCUGGCUUUUGUGUUUUGAAGGACUUAUUAAUGAGGGAGGCAGGCCAGCCAGCCGGCUAGGCCUUGGAGGAGCUAGCUCAGCCCCAACUGCCAUGUUUGUGAAGCCGGCGUGGUGCUGGCGGAAAGAGCAAUGAGUGCCUCAGAUAAAGAAGAGCGACACAUUUAGCAGACGCCUGAUAAAAGGCGCCUGCUCGUUGCAAGUGGGGGGGAAAUGAGUUUGUGCUUCCCUCGGCCGCAUUCGCACCAUACGUACGAUGCUGUUUUAAACAGACAGGGUUUCUUCUCCCAAAGGAUUCUGGGAGCUGUCGCUGGUUAAGGGUGCUGAGAGUCAUGAGGAGAACCCCAGUCCCCUCACAGAGCUACAGUUGCCCUAGUGGUUUUAACAGCCAAUCCUCCUUCACAGGAAAAUCUGGGAAUUGUAGCUCUCGGAGGGGAACGCGGGUCUCACAGCAACUCUUGGCACCCUUAACAAACUACAUCUCCCAGGAUUCUUUGGGGGAAACCACGACAGUUUAAAGUGGUAUCACACUGCUUUAAACAUAUGGUGUGGAUGUGCCCUUGAUAAAAUGGAAAGCUUUCGGUUUUGGCUGUAGAGUCCUGCUGCAGGAGCCCUGGACAUUAUCGUUGUUGUCUGGUGUCAUAGGACUGACUCCUCACUCAUCUUCUCCUCUAUAACCUUUCUAUCAGAUUGGGCAGUCAUCACACUUGUCUUUUGACAGGAUGUGCUCUCUAUUUUUAAGCUUUCUUGUCCCCCUCCCUCCCUUGUUGCAGAGUGAAUAUGAUGCUUUCUUCGUAUUUCAGGCUUUGUAGCUGAGAAAGAAGGCUAGAAAGGGGUCAGGGGGGAGGACGCUGGACUACUUAGGCCUGAUUCAGCAGGGCUCUUGCAUUAGGUAAUUGGCUCAAACCGCCCCCAGGUUGCACAGGGCUGUGUCUCCAGGCUGCUAUUUUGCACUUGGGUCUGGUUAGUGAGCUUCAGGAUUCUUCUAGUGGAAAGCAAAGUGGACAUCUUCCCUCCAAAGUCCUACAGUUUGACCAUUCCUGAGCUGUUUUAGUCCAGCAUCACAUUUUGCAGCAGCCAAUAGUUGCUAGAAGGUGUGGUCAUGUCUGGCUUCGAACAAUGCUCAAUUUUGUGUUUCCAGUCCCUUUCAAGCAUAACUCCUCAACCCAGCUUCUGGAUAGCUCAGUUGGUUAGGGUGUGGUGCUAAUAAUGCCAAGGUUGCAGCUUCAAUCCCCAUAUGGGGAGAAUUGCAGGGAGUUGGGCUAGACUAGAGGAUCCUUAGAGUCCCUUUCAGCUCUACAAUUCUACAAGUAUAUUUCGUUUUAAAUGAAAAUUCUCUGGAACCCUGAGCAAGGUCUCCGCUCAAGUGUAGCAACCUUCCUUCUACGGAGUUAGAAUAUUGAUCCAUUUAUUGUCUCUGGAAGCCAGCUCUCCAGAUUUCCACAAAAGCGUCUGUCCCAGCCCCACCUGGAGAUUUCAGGGAUUUGAAACUGGGAUUUUCUGCAUGCAAAGCAGGUGCUCUAACACCUUGCUACGGACCUUCUCUUAAUGCAGUUGCGGAAUACGCACAGCCUAGCAAAAAUACUAACACAUCUACACCCAGGACUUUGAUUGGACGUGUAGGAAGGAUGUCCACAGAAAAUGCUGUCUUGGUGUCAUCUUGAUGAUAGCAGAGGGUAAGGUAAAGGUAAAGGGACCCCUGACCAUUAGGUCCAGUCGUGGCCGACUCUGGGGUUGCGGCGCUCAUCUCACUUUAUUGGCCGAGGGAGCCGGUGUACAGCUUAGCCAGCACGACUAAGCCACUUCUGGCGAACCAGAGCAGCGCACAGAAAUGCCGUUUACCUUCCCGCCGGAGCGGUACCUAUUGAUCUACUUGCACUUUGGCGUGCUUUCGAACUGCUAGGUUGGCAGGAGCAGGGACCGAGCAACGAGAGCUCACCCCGUCGUGGGGAUUCAAACCGCUGACCUUCUGGUCAGCAAGGCCUAGGCUCUGUGGUUUAACCCAGAGUGCCACCCGCGUCCCGAUACCAGAGGGUAGGUGCUCACAAAGCAAGCCAGUCUCUUUACCCCUUUUGCCGCUGGGGCCAAGGGUGUUUAGUACAUGCGUCCCCUGGAAACGUUUUGGAAAACUGUUCCAAAGAGCAUGAACAUGAGGAAAGGAUCCCUGCUGGAUCGGGCCAGAGGCCCAUCCCUGCAGAACCCUGUUCUCACAGUGGGGAAACCAGCAAGCAGGAUUCAGGCGCAAGAGCGCUCUCCCCUUGUGUGGUUUCCAGCAGCCGGUAUUCAGAAGCAUUGCUUCCUCUUGACCAGGGGUCAGCAAACUUUUUCAGCAGCGGGCCGGUCCACUAUCCCUCAGACCAUGUGGGGGGUCGGACUAUAUUUUUUUUUGGGGGGGGGGGAUGAACGAAUUCCUAUGCCCCACAAAUAACCCAGAGAUGCAUUUUAAAUAAAAGGAGACAUUCUACACAUGUAAAAACACGCUGAUUCCCGGACCGUCUGCGGGCCGGAUUGAGAAGGCGAUUGGGCUGGAUCUGGCCCCCGGGCCUUAGUUUGCCUACCCAUGCUCUUGACUAUAGCUGGAGAGCAAAACCUUCAUGGCUAGUAGCUUGCUAUUUCAGAGAAGCAUUGGGAAGGGAGCAACUUGUGCAGAACUGCGUCGGAUCUCGCUGUGGGCAUUUGGCAAAUCUUCUAUAAGGUGGACUCCGAUAGCAGACCACAUGUGUAAAGCUGGCUUUUCCCCAUUUGUGAAUACCACUAAAACCAAGCGACAUCCUCUCGCAAGAGGUUGGGCUUCCUCUCCGUGGGAACCAGGGUCUUGCGAAGGUCCGCGCCUCAUUGUUGACCCUCUGCUUUUCCUCUCUACCCUGCAGGCCUACGAACUCUCCACCUUAACGGGCACUCAGGUGUUGCUGCUCGUGGCCAGCGAGACGGGCCAUGUCUACACGUUCGCCACGCGGAAGCUACAGCCCAUGAUCACUAGCGAGACGGGGAAAGCGCUGAUCCAGACAUGCUUGAACUCUCCUGACUCUCCUCCUCGGUCAGACCCAACCACUGAUCAGCGCAUGAGCGCUACGGGCUUUGAGGAGACGGACCUCACUUAUCAGGUGUCCGAGUCAGAUAGCAGUGGAGAAACAAAGGUAUAGACACCCUCCCUUUUUCGUGCUGUGGAGGGCUUGGAGGAGGGGGAAAUUAUUCCUGCAGGUCUCUGGGGAGGGAAGAAGCUUUGUCCUUGCAACCUUGCCUUCUACCUAGGAGAAGGUUUACCUGGGAGGACUACAGAGCACAGGUGGGCAGAUUUCAGGCUUGUUGGGUGGGUCUACUGUGCGUGUGUGGGAGAGGAAGAUGAACCUGUGUUGAGGGGGACUGAACAUCUGCAGGAAGGAAGCCUGCUGUUCUAAUCAAUUGGCCUCCAUGCUCCUUUUAGAACCUUGGAUCUUCCAGGGUUCCGAGUCACAUGGGGCGCUGACUCAAGUAGCAAGAGACUCUGCCCGUCCGGCAGAGGUUCAAGCCUCCCACAUGGAAAGAGCCACUCGCCCCUGCGUGUGUGAAUGAUUUGAGAACCUGCUAGAUCAGGCCAGUGGCCCAUCCAGUUCAGCAUCCUCUUCUGGCCGCCCAGGUGCCAGUGGGAAGCCUGCAAAAGCAGGACACGGGCACCAGCAACACAGCCCACCUGCAGUUCCUAGCAGCCAACAUUCAGAGGCAUUUUGCUGCUGACCUCAGAGGCAGUGCCCGGCCAUCAGCGCUAGUAGCAGCCUUUAUCCUCCAUGAGUUGGUCCGGUCCUCUUUGACCUGAAGGAGCAUUUCCACCCACCCUGUCCAUUCCAGACACUGAGGUCCAGCUCCGAGGGCCUUCUGGCGGUUCCCUCAUUGCAAGAACCAGGCAGAGGGUCUUCUCUGUAGUGGCACCUGCCCUGUGGAACGCCCUCCCAUCAGAUGUCAAGGAAAUAAACGACUAUCUGACUUUUAGAAAACAUCCGAAGGCAGCCCUGGUUAGGGAAGUUUUUAAUGUUUGAUGUUUUAUCGUGUUUUUAAUAUUGUGUUGGGAGCCGCCAGGAGUAGCUGGGUCAGCUCAGUCAGAUGGGCAGCAUAGAAAUAAAUUAUUAUUAUUAUUAGGCCAAUCAAGUUGGAGGGCAUCCCUGCUUCCUGUGGGAGUGAGUUCCAUAGUUCAACCUUUUGCUGCACAAAGAAGUACUUUUUAAAACCUUGCAACAUUCAGCUUCAAUAGAUGCCCACCAGUCCCCUUGUUGCAAGAGAGGGAGAAAACCAUUCCUGUAUGCUCUACCCCCAUGCCAUGCAUAAUUUCAUAAGCGUCCAUCGUGACACCUCUUUACUUGCCUUUUCUCUAAACCAAAAAGUCCCAAACUCUGCAGCGCCUCCUCCUAUAGGGGAGCUACACCCAUGGAAUAAGGCUUAAGAGAAUCAGACCCCUCCAUAUUAUUAUUAGUAUUAUUCUGGCUUCGGUGAUCUGUGGUGUUGGCAGGGGACAAGUCUAUGGGCCGAGCCUCCUUUUGGCUGUAAAGAUUCCUAUAUAGCGUGACUCCUAGCAUUCAGUUGUCUCUCCCUUACCUCCUCCUCCCUCCUUCCCUGGGACUUGAGUAGUUGUGCCCUGUCAACUCUGCUGGAGCUCUGCCGAAGUGGAAGCAGGGCUGAGCCUCGCCUUGCCCUCGGCAGCACGGUCCUGGAUGGGAGAUCCGUGGGGUGGGUUGAGGGGGUGCAGAGCGACAGGUGCUGCUUGCCUCACCCCCCCCCCCGCCCACCCCGUGCCCCUUGCCGAGGAGUCCUGCUUUUCGGUUAUCUCUCCUUGGGCGUCUCUCUGCUCGCGCUCAUUGAUAAAAAUUUGAUUCUGCCUCCGUGGCCAUAUAAGGCCCGGUUUCCUUCCCCGGAGUCCCUGGCUGGGCCCCUCACAUUCCUUAUAAGCUGCAGCUGUCUCUUGCUUUGGUGCUGUUUUGGAAGGGGGCAGGGAGGACACGGGGAAUUGAAGCACUUGGCUGAACAGACUAUUCCUUCUCUCCCUCUCCCUCUCUCUGUCUCCAACCAGCUCCUCUGCUGGCUUAACUCACAGCUCGCUUCUCAGCAGCUAUCGUAUCAGUAAAGGGAGCCGACAGCGCUGAUAACGUGGGACAAUUGCUCCCCUUCCCCCAGGAAGCUUAAAAGGUCUUGGGCUUGCUAUCUGUAUGACUUUACUCUGCUUUUAUAUAGCACCUUCUCGAGGCACCAGAGUUCUUCAUGCACAUACAUGCAUCUCACAAAAUACAGAGUUGUAGAAUUGGAAAAGGGACUCCAGGGUCUUUUAGUCCAACCCCCCACAGUGCAGGAAUCUCAACUAAAGCAUCCAUGACAGAUCGAACCUCGGCUUAAAAACCUCCAACGAUAGAGAGUCCACAACUCCCGAGGGAGACUUCCACAGUCGAACAGCUCUUAUUGUCCGAAAGUUCUUCCUGAUGUUUAGUUGGAAUCUCCUUUCUUGUAACUUGAAGCCACUGGUUCGAGUUCUACCCUCCAAAGGAGAAAACAUGUUUGCUCCAUCUUCCAUUUGACAGCCCUUUAGAUAUUUGAAGAUGGCUAUCGUAUCUUUUCUCUGUCUCUUCUUUCCCACGCUAAACAUUCCCAACUCUUUCUCUCUCUAUAUAUAUUUAUUUAUUAGGUUUUUUUAAACAUAUCAUUUCCAACAAUCACAUAACUUAACUUCUUAUCUUACGCAUUGUUUUAGACUUCCAUCAACACCUCUGAUGAUUUUCCGUUCUUUAUCACUUAUUCUGCAUUUCUUAAUAUAUCUAUUACUCUUAAUUAUCAUCAACUAAUAAUUCUCCUCAUAGUCUUUCUUGCACUAUUUCAUAUAGUUCUCCUUCUUGCAGUCCUACUAGCGUAAUCUGUUCGUUACUAUUACUUUUCAAAUAGUUCGUAUAUUUACUCCAGUCUUCUAAGAAUCUCUGGUCCCGCAGGUUUCGAAUCCUUCCAGUUAAUUUAUCCAGUUCUGCAUAGUCCAUCAAUUUCAUCCACCAUUCUUCUUUCGUCAGUAAUUCUUCUUGCUUCCGUUUUUGUGCCAGUAGUAUUCUUGCUGUCGAACGUUCCCAACUCUCUCAACCGUUCCUCAUAAAGCUUGGCUGCCUUCCUCUGCGCAUGUUCCAGUAUGUCAGUAUCCUCCUGGACGCAGGGCUCCAGGUGUGGCCUGACCAAGUCAACAAUCCUCUGAACCUCACAACAAUCCUUUAAUGUCAGUGGCAUUGUUGCUGUCCCCACCCCACCCACUCCAAUGCAGAUGAAAAGGUUUGGGCUGAGAAGAGAGUGUUUUGCUUGAUUCCACCUGGUGAGCUGAAGGUAGGAUUCAGCCACAGAUUUGCUGGCUCUCUCCCUCUUUGCCACCAGGGUUGUGGAAGCCCCUUCCACCACACAGGGAGCUAGCUACCUUCUACUGAGUCAGGCUGUCGGUGCAGCUAGCUCAGCAUUGUCAAUGGCUCUCCAGGGUUUCAGGCAGGCCUUUCCCAUCCCUCUCUGGAGGUGCCAGGGUUUGAACCUUCUGCAUGCAAGGCAGAUGUCCUGCCACAUAGGAGACUGCCUAGGGCCAGGUCAGACGGUUUUAUCUCUCUCCCAUUUUUGACUGCUCUGGUUGGCAGCUACCCUGAAAGGUCUCUGGCAGAGGCCUUUUCCGUCAUCUGUUGCCUGCUGAUCUUUUUCACAGCAAGUGCCAUUGGUCCAUUUCACAGAAUUGUACAGUUGGUAGGGACCACGAGGGUCAUCUAGUCCAACCCCCUGCAAUGCAGGACUCUUUUGCCCAGUGUGAGGCUCAAACCCAUGACCCUGAGAUUAAGAGUUUCAUGCUCUACCGACUGAGCUAUCCCUUGGCUAAGUGUUGCAUAUUCUCAAUCAGCAGAAGCUCUCCACAGAUUGGAGCAGAGGUCUUUCCCAUCGCCUCCCGUCCGACCCUUUUAACUGGAGAUGCCGGGUAUUAAACCUGCGGCCCCCUGCGUGAAAAAGCAUGUGCUCUCUCCCACUGAGCUGUAGUCCAUUUCCAACCUUGAGAAAAUCCCUGGCUCUCAUUUAUUUCCUUUUUGCAUAUUUUGGAAGAUACAGGAAAUGAAGCUUCUGUAAUAGCUUCCUCGGGUCACAAAUCCGACCCCCGGCGCAAUAGAGAGCGCAGCGGGAACUGUAUGAAGCAAAAUACUCCUCUUGUGAAAACCAGCAUUGCUUGAACUGCUUCCCUAGUGGUGCCAUAGAGCGGGGUUUCCCAAACUUGGGUCUCCAACUGUGUUUUUUUUGGAGGGACUACGAUUCCCACCAUCCCUGACCUCUGUUCCUGCUAGCUACAGAUGAUGGGAGUUGUAGUUCAAAAACAACUGGAGACCCAAGUUUGGGAAACCCUAACCUAGAGAGAUACCUUUGCCCAACCUUCACCAAGCUGGCUUGUGGUGUGUUUGUUUUAUGGGGAUCAUAAGGACAUUAGAUGGAGACUUGCCGGUCAGAACAAAAGCCGGUCAGUCCAGCAUUUUGUUCUCACAUUGGUUACCUUCGGUGCCUAUGGGAAUCUCACAUGUAGGGCGUGAGGGCUCACUGUCACCAGCAACUGGUACUUGGAAGCAUCCUGCCAUCCGCUAGUUGCCGCCUGAGAGAUGGAGAUAUCCCCAGUUCCUAGAUUUGUGCUUGGGAGCAUUGGGGUUUUCCAAUUAGCACAGCUCAGCAAUGGAGGUGUGUUUCAGAUUAGGUCAUAAUUUUUGCCUUUACAAUUAGAGGGGGGGAACCCCACUAAAACUUCUACAUGCAGAAAAUAAUGUACCCACACCCUCACUUUCCCACCCGUGUUCUAAGCUCCGGCCAGCAUUUUAGAAGACUGACUGCAGAGGCUAGAACUAUGGGCCUUAUUGCUGCUCUUGACCUUUUGGAGAAAGGAAGAGGGAUUUGAGGAAGCUUUUAUUCCCUCUCUGCCUGUUACAUAAGGAGCCAAUUCCUGUACUUGUGCUCUUUGGAGAGCUUGUGUGUGUGUGUGUGUGUGUGUGUGUGUGUGGCUGUUGACCGGCUACAAGUCUUCGGACUGAAUGGGUUUUUAGUUUUGGAACAGAAUUCGUCUGUGCUCUUUCCAGUUACCAGCAGUGCUUUUAACUUGAGGUGGUAGGAUUUGAACUGGCAACCUCGCAUGUGCUCUGUCCCUGUGCUGCAGCCCCUUUUGUUGCUGUUUGGGUUUGAAGGAGAACCAGACAGAUCAGAGUGGGCACCUCCUCAUCCCAAGAGAGCCACAUUCCUUUCUGGGUAGCCUUCCAGUGUGGCCACAAGGAGGAUGGGUGCAUUUCAGGGUUAGUGGGGGAUGUGGCUGGGGAGAGUUCCAAGGGUGAGAUAGAGAGGUCUGGAGGGCCACAUUUGUUGUUUCCCGCCCAUUUAUAUUUUUUUUUUAUAAAAAAAAAAAUCGCAUGCACUUUCCAAUACAUGAUAUAUAUUUUCCCUUUUGUUUUGUCAACUCCCCAUCCCAUUUGCCAUGGUAUUAUUUUUAUUUCUCUUCCUUGCUGCAUCCUAUCUUCUCUCUCUUACACCAUAACCAUCAUACAAUAACCUCUCAUUCUGUUGCUCAUAGUUCAAAUCCCGCUUGCAAAAAUUCCUCUUGCUAUCAUAUUUCUUUAAAUAGUCCAAGAGAGCCUUGCAUUCUUCGACAAAACACAAGCAUCAUUAGGUUCUCUUAUUUUAGCUGCUAGCUUUGCUGAUUCCACAUAGUCCUUCUGUGCUGGUCCCGAGGCUUAACCGUGUGGCGAGGUUUGGGUCCAGUCCGAGGUCGAGGGUGCGGUAUGGAGGCUGUCCGUCAAAGCUGAAGCUGGGUCCAAGGCAGGGAGUUGGGUGAGGUCAGGAACUCUGGCAGAAGAUGCAGGCAGGAACAGGCUACCAACAAUGUUGCUCCCGCAACCUGGGACUGGGACUGGCUGGCUUUUAUCUGCCCCAAGGCAUAGGGCGGCCCCGGUCCACAGGUAACUCGCCUCUCCUGGCCUGGAGGCAAGCACUCCUCCUGCGGGAACUUAGUUCCCUCCGCCUCUCUUCCCCGAGCCUCUGCAGCUCAGGAGAGGCUGGAGGGUUACCGGACCCAGAGGCAACCUCAGCUUCCCCUGACGGGGCUGAGAGUGGAGCACCUGCAGGCAAUGGGUCCUCCAUCACCUCAGGAGCCAGAGCAGACUCAGCUGAUGCCUGCACCUGAGGAUCCAGCACAGGUGAGGACCCUUCAGGCUCAAGCCCCAGCCCCGGCUCAGUCGGCCCUGGAGGUGGGGACUCCUGUGCAGGCUGGGAUUCCUCAGGUUCAGCCUCUGAGUCUGAAUCCCAGACCAUCACACCUUCACUUUAAGUAUCCAGUCUUCUUUGGUGGGAACUUCUUCUUUCCAUUUUUGUGCAUAAAGAAUCCUAGCUGCUGUUGUUACAUGCAUAAACAGCUUCGUCAUCUUUUUUGGAACUUCGGUUCCUAUAUUCCCCAUGGAGGGCCACCUUUAAGAUGAUGCUCUGGAGGUCCAUCCCUCCUAAAACAGAUGAUGGGCCUGCCAAGGAACUAGUAAACUGAAAUAAGAAGGCUGGAAGCUUUACUCAGGAAGGCGAAUCGCUAGCCAUUUGCAUCUUUUCUGUGUCCACUUGUCUAUAGAUGCAUGUUAGGUGUACCAUUUUUGUGUUGUUGGGAGACAUAGGUAAAGGUAAAGGUAAAGGGACCCCUGACCAUUAGGUCCAGUUGUGACCAACUCUGGGAUUGCGGCGCUCAUCUCGCUUUAUUGGCCGAGGGAGCCGGCGUACAGCUUCCAGGUCAUGUGGCCAGCAUGACUAAGCCGCUUCUGGUGAACAAGAGCAGUGCACGGAAACGCCGUUUACCUUCCCGCCGGAGCAGUACCUAUUUAUCUACUUGCACUUUGAGGUGCUUUUGAACGGCUAGGUUGGCAGGAGCAGGGACUGAGCAAUGGGAGCUCACCCCAUCGCGGUGAUUCGAACCGCCGACCUUCUGAUCGGCAAGUCCUUGGCUCUGUGGUUUAACCCACAGCGCCACCCGCGACAUACUCCAGGACAUAAUAGCUCGAAACUGUGAGCGAUACCCAUGUUCCAGUAUAUCUUACUUUAUCUCACUGCAUCCAUUCAACCAGCUCACCUGGGUUCUGCCUCCUUCCCAAAAUCCACCUAUUGGGUGAUGGUGCACAACUUGCCAUGGAAACAUUUUCGCCACUCACAUUCUGGCACACAAAAUAACAUAGCAACUGGAGACAGCAGCUUGGCAACAGGCAGCGUCUGCUGGAAGGUGGAGAAAGAGAAAAGUGGAAAUUGAAGAGGGGGUUGAGCUUGAAACCCCAGUUCUAUUUGACCUGAGGCUAGGGUUAUAAGCAUCUGCUGUGUAUUACUGCAUACAUUGUUUUAAAUCUAGGCUCUAGAUUUAAAACGAAGUGUGCAAAGGAUGCUUAUGCUCUAGCUGCAACCUCAUCCUAGGUCAAAUGAAAUGGAGGGUUUGAGAUAUAUUCUGGAGAGAGCCAUGGGUAGGAAAUGGUAAGAGGACCUUUACAAUCUCUGAAAUCCUUAUAACUAAACAUUCACACCAUACCAGUGAAAGUAUGGGUAAUGGUGGGAGAAAGUGGGAAACUAUCCAGAAAGUUCCCAAAGAUAUACUGCUCAGAUAUACUGUAGCAAUCAUGGACUUACAUCAGCCUUGCAAAUAAGCCUACAAAAGUUACUAGCCUGCACAGAUGUUUACCAGCUUUCUACGGAGGAGUUUUGGGAAGCUCUGCUCUCCUUGUGGUGGCCUGCUGCAUUUCUGUACAGUGGUUCCUCGGGUUAAGAACUUAAUUUGUUCUGGAGGCCCGUUAUUAACCUGAAACUGUUCUUAACCUGAAGCACCACUUUAGCUAAUGGGGCCUCCCGCUGCUGCCGCGCCUCCGGAGCACGAUUUCUGUUCUCAUCCUGAAGCAAAGUUCUUAACCCGAGGUAAUAUUUCUGGGUUAUCGGAGUCUGUAACCUGAAGCGUCUGUAACCCGAGGUACCACUGUACUAGGGACAGAGAAGGAACAGACCACUGCAGCCGUUCUUCUCUGUUAUAAGUUUUCCAGUAGCACAUAGAGCAAAAUAUUUAAUAUGGAUUAUUUUGUUGCCUUCUGUAGCAAAUGUAGAAAACAGAAACUGAAAAAGAAAAGGAAAAGAAACAUAUACUAAGAAUUCUCAGUUAUAUGGGUCCAUCUGCCAUGGAAGCAUUAGUCAAGGUUCCUGCUUUGCAGGAGGUUAGACUAGAUGAUCCUCAGGGUCCCUUCCAACUCUACAAUUAUGGUCUUAAAAAAUCAAAGCGAACCUGUUUAUUUAUUUAUUUAAAUUUAUCUGCCUCCCUUUAUCCGAGGGAACCACAGGACAGUUUAUAGCAUAAAAACACAAAAAUACGUAACGUAACAAACAAAACUAUACCCUCCCAACAGUUUAAGAAGCCACAGAUUGUUUAAUUAGCCAAAGACCUGGGAGAAGAGGAAUGUUUCUGCCCGGCACCUAAAUAUUUGUAACGAAGGUGCCAGGCUAGUCUCCCGGGGGAGAUCAUUCCACAAACGAGGAACCACCGCAGAAGAGGCUCGUUUAGCUCAAUUUAUCUGCUCCAAUAUAUAAGAACAUAGGAAUCAUAAUCUGUCAAGAAAUCUAAAAUAUAUUCAAAAUUAAAAUGGGGGGGGGAGGGUUACGGUUAGUUCCACAUAAAUAAGUAAUUCCGCAGGGUGGUCUUUUUCAGUUGAAUUUAUUUAUCAUGCAAUUAGUAAAUGGCUGCCAAACAGCUUCAGAAUCCUCAGGAGCAGCUUUGUUGUGUCCAUUUUUCAGAUUCCACUAUAAAUAAAAGCUUUUUUGUAUCAUGCGCCUGAAGUCAGACUGUGCGCAUCCUUCUGAGGUCUGGGUAAUAACCGAGUGCUCAACUAUCGUCAUGGUUUUUCCUUAUUGCUUUCCGAAAUAUCAAACUUGGAUUUUUGCAGAAAUGUGAAAUUUGUUGACAAAGAACCUAAGAUGAACCCUGCUGGAUCAGGCCCAUUCUGGGUGGCCCACAAGCAGGGCCUGAGAGAAACAUCAUUCUCCCCACUUCUGAAUUCCCAGCAAUUCAGAGAAAUGUUGCCUAUGGCGAUGGAGGUAGGGAUAUAGCUAAGGAAGGCAGGAGGAGCAGGGAAAACUAAGCUUGGUGUGUUGAUGUGCAGGCAAUGUUGGAGUCUUUGGAAUAUGUGUUAAACAUUAGCAGACUGGGGGAGUAAGGCUGGAACUUGAGAAACAUUGAGGUUAGCUGAUAUAGUUGGAAAAGGGGUUAUAAGGAGCUCAGAUCCUGAAAAAGGCUCCCAGAGAUCAUUUUCUAGUCAUGAGUUCUUACGAUAUGCUUCAUAUCCUUUGAAAGAAAAACUCCACAAUACAGUCAUACCUUGGGUUGAAGUUGCUUCAGGUUGAGCAUUUUCGGGUUGCGCUCCGCGGCGACCUGGAAGUAACGGAACGCGUUACUUCGGGUUUCGUCGCUCGCGCAUGCGCAGACGCUCAAAAUGACACCACCUGCAUGCGCAGAAGCGGCGAAUCGUGACAUGCGCAGAUGCAGGUUGCAUUCUGCUCAGGAUGCGAACGGGGCUCCGGAAUGGAUCCCGUUCGCAUCCAGAGGUACCACUGUAAUGAGGACUAGAAACCUGGUGUGUUUAUAAAGCAGAAGCUCUCUGCCUUGAUACUAUAACAAUAAUAUAAUAAUUUAUUAUUUAUACCCUGCCCAUCUGGCUGGGUUUCCCCAGCCACUCCGGGUGGCUUCCAACCGAAUAUUAAAAACAAUACAGCGUCAGAAAACUGUAUAUGCCACCAGGCUUUAUGGUAAAAGGGGAUGGUAGGGUUUGUUGCACAGCAGAAUGAAGGCCUUCCAGACUUCUACUAAAUCCUGGCCAGCCUUGUCUGUUUAUCCUGCAGUUGUCCAAGCUGCAACAGUGUCAGCAAUAGGAGUGCUGGAACUGGGUUCCGGUAGAUGUGGUCAGAGGGCGAGUCACAGGCUACUGAAAUGUACUCAUAUGAGAGAAGAAAACCCCCCAGCCUUAGAAACCCCAGUCCCAGUUCCUGAUUCUAUAGCAGCAGAUGCUCAGAUGAUUACACCCACACCAGCCCCAUUUCACUUCUUAUGAAAUGCUAACAGCUUUAGCUUUCCUGCUGAGAGGAGGAGAGGAAUUAAUGUUACUUUUUUCCCCAGUCAGUCAUCCACAAAGAAUCCUGCUGCUAUGAGUUCUGUUCACAUUUUCCUCCCCGAUGUAAGGGAUGCUACCAUUUUCUUAAUGCAGAAGUUGCUUCUUUGUGGUGGUGGUCUUUUGGGGCUGGUCCAGGGGGGCUCCGCCAGAUCCUUGCCCUUCCCCCCCGUGUUUUCUUCUUAAACUGGAUUUUAUUUUCGUUUUAGUUUGACUGGCUCGCUGGCCACGCUGCAAAGCACGGUGCUGCGUGUGGGAGACCUCUGGCCCCUCACAGUCCUCAGGAGCUCAGAGAUCGAAAUGCGCAUAUGAAUUAGCCCAUGCAAAUUUGUGCCAUGUGUCUGUGAAAUACCUAGCAACAUCCCGGCUUCUGUGUAGGAAGUUUGAUGAAAGCUGUGAGCAGAUCAUUGGAUCUUUUGUCUCCUUUUUGGGUGGGGGGGAGAGAAUGCAUAUAUGCAUGCUCUUCAGCAUGUGCAGAGAAGAUCCAUGUGCAAGCAUCAUGUGUGAUGCGUCCUAAUUUCCUUACAAAAAAUUGCUGUUCGCUUAGAGGGGCAAUCUUAAGAUAUAGGGCAGGCACCCCCAACCUGUGGCCCUCCAGAUGUUUUGGCCUACAACUCCCAUGAUCCCUAGCUAACAGGACCAUUAGAUUUCACUCCUCCUUGAAAACAAACAGUGUAGGGGAUAGCCAGCUGGCUGCACAGCAACAAAACCCAACUACAGUGGUACCUUGGGUUACAGACGCUUCAGGUUACAGACUCCGCUAACCCAGAAGUAUUACCUCGGGUUAAGAACUUUGCUUCAGGAUGAGAACAGAAAUUGGAUGGUGGCGGCACGGCAGCAGCAGGAGGCCCCAUUAGCUAAAGUGGUACCUCAGGUUAAGGACAGACCUCUAGAACGAAUUAAGUUCUUAACCCGAGGUACCACUGUAUUAGAGUCAGUUUGUGGCCACUGCUAUCGGAGUUCCCUCAAAAAUGCAGUAAAACAAGUUUUGGUUCCUGGUUUCCCUUUUAAAGAAAACAGGAGAACGGUACCGCAAAGUCUGGAGAAGUGGAUAGGUUGCCUUCCCCAGCUUUUGAUGCCUUGGUCUAUGAUUCACACUGGCUGGGGCUCAUCAGAGUUUUAGGCAAUAUGAUAAGAGCAUCAGAAUAGCCUGCUGAUUUGGCCAGUGGUCCAUCUUAGCCCAGCAUCCUGUUCUCACAGCGGCCAGCUGUGGGAAACCUACAAACAGGACCCAAACUCCAGCAGCAUUCUCUGUGCCCCGUGGUUUCCAGCGACUGACAUUCAGACGCAUUACUUCCUCCGCCUUUGAUCCCAGACACGUAGUGGGUCCCGAUCCACCAGUUGAAGACUAUAUAGGGCAGCCUUUUUCAGUCUUGGGUCCCAGGUGUUGUUGGACUACAACUCCCAUCAUCCCUAGCUAGCCGGUCCAGUGAUUCGGGAUGAUGGGAGUUGUAGUCCAGCAAUACCUUGGGGACCCAAGGCUGACAAAGGCUGCCCUAUAGGGUAAUACCGCUCAGCACUUAGAAUCAUAAAAUUGUAGCAUUUAUUUAUAUAUAAUUGUACAGUUGGAAGGGAUACCCAAGGGUCAUCUAUUCCAACUCCCUGCAAUGCAGGAAUCUUUCUGCUCAAUGUUGGACGUGAACACACAACUUUGAGGUUAAGCGUUUAUCAAUUGAACUAUCCCAGGAUUUGACUCAAUUUGCUUAAAAGAGUUGGGAAGUUGUAUGCUCUUAGGACAGGGGCAGAAUGGUUAGUGUGGAGAAGUCCAUUUUAUUUUUUAAAAGGUUUCUAGUCCCUGUGACUACAAAGAUAAAUUGUGUUAGCAAUUUCUGUGGAUUUGUUAGGAAAAACUAGGAAGGCGGCUGUAUAAGAUUUUCAGUGAACUGGGGUGGAUCUUUGCUGUUCUUGCCCCUCCUGUUUUUGGCAAAACCAGAAAAAAUGAUUGAGGGUGUGAGAGAUCAUGCAAAGCUGCUUGGUUUGCAUGAUUUAUCAGGCAUGGCACAGAAUUCACAUUGCCUGUGCACACAGUUUAAAUCCCUGGUAAUUGAUGAUCUUGUAUAGCAAGUCUGAAACCUUUGUUCUAACCCUGCGUUAUUCCCCAGCAAUAACUGUGAGUACAGUUUCUCCUAAGCUCUUCAGGUCUUGUUCAGCAAGCCUGGCUCAUUUCCAUUAGCAUCCCAAGUGCCUCUCGCUCACUCGCAUCUCCUGUUCUUAAAUUAAAUAGACCCUUUUUAUUCCCCACUCGCCCAGCAUGUUCUUCUGGAUGAACAAAUGAUUUAGCAUCGCCUAUUUAGUUCCAGAAGCUAUAAACUAGUCUGUCAUAACCUGGGGUCCCCAAAUGAUGUUAGACUGAAAGUCCCGUCAUAUCUGACCAUUGGGCUUGCUGGUUGAGGAUGAUGGAGAUUGUAGUCCCAACAACAUCUAGGGAUCUAAGACUGGAAAAGGCCCGUUCUGAACUGUACUUGUGGGGGUUGGUGGGAUUAACACAUGGGUAGGCAAACUAAGGCCUGGGGGCUAGAUCUGGCCCUGUCGCCUUCUGAAUCCAGCUCACGGACAGUCCAGAAAUCAGCGUGUUUUUACAUGAGUAGAAUGUUUCCUUUUAUUUAAAAUGCAUCUCUGGGUUAUUUGUGGGGCAUAGGAAUUCGUUCAUUUUCUCCCCUUCAAAAUAUAGUCCGGCCCCCCCACAAGGUCUGAGGGACAGUGGACCGGCCCCCUGCUGAAAAAGUUUGCUGACCCCUGGAUUAGCAUAUCUGUUACAUCCAAGCUUAAAAGGGUGCUAAAAGCCAGCAUGGUUAAAUAAAACAUGGUGGAUAAAGUGUGAGCCCCAAAUCAGGCGGAACCAGCUUCAGAUCCCUACGUAGCUAUAAAAAAAGCUUAUGUGGGGUGACCUUGGAACGUCCAUUUUCAAUUUUUCUCAGCCUGCCGUACCUAACAGAGGUGCUGUGACAACAAAAUGAGAGAACCUCGCAAGUGUGUCACCCUGAGCUGCUGGGUGGAAGUGUAAAGUAGAAUGUAAUAAAGCGGGCAUAGGCAAACUCGGCCCUCCAGAUGUUUUGGGACUACAGCUCCCAUCAUCCCUGGCCACUGGUUCUGUUAGCUAGGGAUGAUGGGAGUUGUAGUCCCAAAACAUCUGGAGGGUUGAAUUUGCCUAUUCCUGUAAUAAAGGAAUAAAUGAAAUGAAAUAACAGUGGUGUUGUUUAAAAGAGCUGAGAACUGCAUCCAAAGAACUGCAGGGUGCUAAGCAGCGGAAGCUUAAACCAGCUGGAUUUGUAAAUUACAGAGGCUCCUGCAAAUGGUCUCCGUUAAAGUGUUCAGCACACGCCUUGCAAAGUCUUUGAGAUCUGUCUAGUAACGGUUAAGGAGCAGCAACCUCAGGUUUGAAUUUGGGGUUGCGCUGCAAACUUGGAACUCUGCUGAAAGAUCUCCCAAGUGCAAAUUUCUCCCCAGCCUGACUUGGCAGCUGAUGCUGCAGAAGCUGCGGGUGCCUGCUAGAUACUUGCAGACGAUCUGCUAGGAACAACAUUCAUUUUAGUCUCUCUUGUUUGUUUUCUUGCCCUCCUUACGCAAGCUAAGUAAGGCCAAGGCAUGUGUGGAGUCCUCUUUACCUGGGGUUGGGGGAACGUCAGAGGCUAGAUGCAGAGUUCCUAAACUUGUGGGCUCUCCAGAUGUUUUGCUGGACUUCAGCUCCCACCAUCCUCAGCCAGUUUAGCCAAUGGUCAUGGAUGAUGGGCGUUGUAGUACCAAUCUCUCUCGGGAUCCAAGAAAGGCUGGUCAAGAGAGAGGGCUGACUUUCUCCAUUCUGUACUAUUUUCUAGUUUUCUUUUGGCAGGGAACUUUCUAUGUGGCAAAGGGUUUAAAAAUGGCGUCCACCCCCUGGGGUCCAAAGUGGUAGAGGCCUUGCUAUCUCCUAUUCCUAUUGCAUGUCUAGACUGGACCUUAGAUUAGAAGUGAGGAACCUGUGGCUAUGUUGCUAGACUAUAACUCCCCUUGUCCCUGCCUCUUGGCCCCAUUAGCGGGGACUGAGGGGAGUUGAAUUCCAACAACAUGUCCCUCACUCCAGCCUUAAAUACAGACCCACUUCCCUCUGUUGCCUCCUAGCGACUGGCAUUCAGUGGUCUUUCAGUUGUAAGUCGCUUUGGGCUGCCCUGGGCAAGAUAAAGCAACAAAUUUAAUAACUAAUAGUUUUGUCUCAAUGCUUCUUUGUAUUAAUGCAAACCUUGGGAUUUCCCCAAGCCAGCUGAUGACUCCAUCUUGGGUGUGUAUGGUGCUAUUUUGGCUACACAAGUGUCAGCACUCACAGCCUGAACAUCGGACAUUGAGGGGAUGGUGAUGAUCAGAGGCGGUGUACUCUGAGGACUUUAACAUUUAUUUACUCUGCAGCGUGUUAGGGAAUUUACCUUGCUAUUUAGGAGGGGAAAAGUGCGUCCUAUGGUGCGAAAAAUACGGUAGUGUGCCUGUUAAACUGUGCAGACUUAGUUUUGUUCCCCAAUACCAGGACAGGCAUGUUCCCGAACAACUUAGUUCAGAGGUAGAGAAUAGGGCUGGGUGAUACCUGGUUUUCAGCAUCGUGAUACAUCACCAGCUAAACAUUGCGAUAGACUGAUAUAUCGCAAUGUCUGAAAUAAGGAUGGAGCUAUGUGGAGACAUUGGCUGGCGUCAUGGUUUCUCCCACAUUGUGAUUAUUGCAUAACACACACACACAAACACAAACCUCAUGAUUUGCAAUAUACUGCCAGGUCAAAAUGUAUGAAACCAAUCUCACAAUAUGGACCACAAACGGGUUUUGGAUGAUAUAUUGAUAUACUGUAUAGCCCAGCCCUAGUAAGGAACUUAGGGCCAACCAGAGGUGGUUGGACUGUUAUGUCAGGCAUUUAGGGGUGUUUAUGAACAGUGUCAGGGACGCCGGUGGCGCUGUGGGUUAAACCACAGAGCCUAGGACUUGCCGAUCAGAAGGUUGGCGGUUCAAAUCCCCAUGACGGGGUAAACUCCCGUUGCUCGGUCCCUGCUCCAGCCAACCUAGCAGUUUGAAAGCACAUCAAAGUGCAAGUAGAUAAAUAGGUACUGCUCUGGCGGGAAGGUAAACGGCAUUUCCGUGCGCUGCUCUGGUUUGCCAGAAGCGGCUUAGUCAUGCUGGCCACAUGACCCGGAAGCUGUAUGCCGGCUCCUUCAGCCAAUAAAGCGAGAUGAGCGCCGCAACCCCAGAGUUGGCCAUGACUGGACCUAAUGGUCAGGGGUCCCUUUACCUAUGAACAGUGUUCUGGCCUGGUUCCUACUGUACCCGAAACCCCUUAAUUCGCCCAGCGGUUUGUGGUGUUCUGCUGCUGUGCUUCACAGGCAGUAUUAAGGGCCCUUUCCAGUCAGAGGCCUUUAACUGAUUAGGGCUUGGUAGUGACUUGAACAUAGCAAUCGACACAGCCAACGAGAAUCUGGGUCUUCAUCCUGCAGGGUUUCAGGGUGAAACAUUACUUAUGAGGCAUGCUAUAAGUCUCAGCCCUGGACCUCCACAUCCCAACGGCGCUAUUCUCAUGUGCAGUAAUAGCACUGAGGCUGUGAGGUGGCUCAUUCUCAGGGAGGGCUAGGCCUCUUUUGCGUUGUCCUGUGAUGUUGUGAGGUGGUGUCCUCGGUUGCUAUGCCUUUGCCUGCCCUGCUGACCCCCCUCCUAAGCACGCGAGGCUGCUAGUAGUUGUCUGGGUCUCUUCACGUGGCACUCGUCCCCUGACAAACGGAACAGCUGUGGGGCCGCUCCGUUGGAGCAAGGGGCUGGAAUGUCCUGUGGCAGGUGUGAGAGAGGGGCCGAUUCCCCUAAGGCUGCGGGGUGCGGUCUUGUGCCAGCCUGCCGCCUCGCUGCUAUCCUGCCUUAUCUAAUUCUCCCCUUUUUUCAACCUGUGCAACCUGUUGUCACGUUUUGGCAUGUUGGGAACUACCAAAUCUUUUCCCUAAAGGUGCAUGGCACGCUUGUGCGGACUGACGCAUGGUUCGGAAGGAAAUGUUCACAAGCAGAGGGCGUUAAAACAGCUGCUGGUUAGUAAGCAUGCUUUAGGAGUCAGAGGAGUCAGACUGUUUGCCCAUGAAGUUCAGUAUUGCCUACACUGACUGGCAGUGGCUCUCCAGGGGUUUCAGACAAGGGUGCUCUCCCACCCCUAGCUGGUGAGGCCAGGGAUCGAACCUGGGACCUCUCCCACGCUAAAGCAUGAGCUCUGAGCCACAAUCCUAUGUAUGACAGCUAUAAUGCUGUCAAGGCUCUCUGCACAAUUUCUCUUCCCCGUGUUCGUUUCCCUCUUGAGCAUUUUGUUUGCACCUCUUCCUUUGAUGUCCUCUCACUCAAUCGUGGGGGCAUCAGCAGUGGAACUUCAUGCUGAGACAUGUGGGUGGUUUUUUCUUUCUCUCUGGGGCUAACCCAGUCACAGCGGCACCCUCUAAAGCUGCAUCAAAUGGUAUCUGAUCUAAUGCAGCUGCCCUGCCGAGGGUGCCAGGAAGCGUCUGGUGCUCUGCGUUGCUGGUGCAACUUUUGAAGUCUCUUAACUCUCAUGCCCUGGUUCAUAUAUGCAUGCGCCAUCUAAACUCUGUUGAGGCCCAAUGUGCCCCUGAGAGUUAGUGUGUGGUGUAAGAGCCAUUUAAAAGUUUCACAGCGGUUACAUGGGUAAGCGCUCCUCACCAGCUUCAAGGGUUGCGAUGCUUAAAGCAUCCCUUGGUUAAACUUGAUUGGCAGGUCUGUUUUACUGCCAGUCCUGUUUCCCCAGCAUCAUUAGCUUUCCACGUGGUUCCACGUUUUGCAGGCAAGUGAGUGUCCCGACUCAGUUCCACGUUCUCAUCUCUGUCCUCCCACUCAGACCAAUCCCACCAGGAUACUUCCACAAUCUAAUUCAGGCUUUCCCAAACUUCGUCCACCAGCUGUUUCGGACUACAAUUCCCAUCAUCCCUAGCUAGCAGGACCAGUGGUCAGGAAUGAUGGGAACUGUAGUCCGAAGCAGCUGGAGAGCCGCAUUUGGGAAACCUUGGAUCUGUUGUUGCAAAGCGGUUUUCCUGUGUCCCACAUUAUAACCUGCAGCUUCAUACAGAGAAGUUGCAGCGUUCAUGCAGCUUGUACUUGUAUUUGGCAUUUUUGAUGUGCAUUUUACAAAACGCUGAUGUUUCUCUAUUAAACCUCUGUGCAUAAAAUGGGCUCAUUUUUGUUUAUUCAAUACAUUUAUAUAUUUCUUUUUCUCCAUUGUUUUUAAGGAAGCGUAGAGUUCAUCCAUCCAUUUAAUUUUUUUUAUUAUGAUUGUUAAUUUACUAAUUGCCUUCUUUUACACAGUUGUCUCAAGAAAACCCUGGGGGUGAGUGGGGAGGAAACCCAGCAGUUAAAUACUGUUGGUUCAUUUAAAACCAAAACAAUACAGAAUGGACACUGGGGGGUGGGGGGUGGGUGGGAAGGGUGAAGGGACAUGAUAGAGGUGCUUGGUGCCGAGAAAAUGGAGAAAAGAGAUUUUUCUCCUUCUCUUAUAGUACCAAAAGCUGGGGCCAUCCAGCAAAACUGGACAGGUAAAAUGAGAUAACUCCUUCACAGAGUAUAUGAAAUUCCCUCCCACAAGAUGUAGUGAUGACCCACCAACCUUGGAUGCCUUUAAAAGGGGGUUGGGGAAAAGAAGCUACCGUUUGAGUGUGAAAGGAGAACGGGAGAAGAAACAACAAGAGAUGGGUAGAAAUAUACAUGGGGUGAGAAAGAGGGAAAUACUGAGCACUUGCCCACUCAGAGCCUCCAGAUCAAAAAUCUUUUGGACAGCUUCCUGGAGAAGGCUGUUGAAUAGCUUAUAGCCAUGAUGGCUGUGCUCUUGCCUCCACAGCUGGAGGCAGAAAUGCUUCUGGCUACCGAUUGCUAGGAACCACAAGAGAGGAGAAUGCUGUUGCGUACUUGCCCUUUUUGUGGGUUUCCCACAGUGUGGUGUAGUGGUUAAGAGCGGUGGACUCGUAAUCUGGUGAACUGGGUUCGCUUCCCCGCUCCUCCACAUGCAGCUGCUGGGUGACUUUGGGCCAGUCACACUUCUCUGAAGUCUCUCAGUCUCACUCACCUCACAGAGUGUUUGUUGUGGGGGAGGAAGGGAAAGGAGAAUGUUAGCCACUUGGAGACUCCUUAAAGGGUAGUGAAAGGUGGGAUAUCAAGUCCAAACUCCUCCUCUUCUUCAUCAUCUGGUGAGAACAGGAUGUUGGGCAAGAUGGGUGACUGGCCUGAUCCAGCAGGAUCUUCUUACGUUCUGUCCACUCACCCUUUUUUGCAGUCACUUCCACACAUGCACACACCCAGCUUAACCCAGAUUUUCUGUUUCUGCUAUGUGCGUGUUUGUUUUGAGUUCCAUGGAAAAGGUAGAUCAGGAUUAAAUGGGAAAAUAAUACAAGACUGAAUUUUGAGCAUAACAACAUGCGGCCACUUCUCAAAACUUCCUUGCAUGAGUCCACAAUAAGGUGCCAUUUGAACAUGCUCACAAUUGUUUUUUCAAGACCGUCUCUCCUCCACCCCCCAUCCUUUCUCCCCAGCGUCCCAGCCUGCCUGCCUCAUCCAGAAAUGUUAAAGUGAAAAAGUGAGAGGAGUUUGCACAAAAGCAGGUUUUCAACCAAACACCAUCGUAGCCAACUGACUUUGAAUACAGUGCUUAUGCAUUGCAUUUUUAUACCACCUUUUCUCCAAUGAGCUCUGGGUGAUAUACAGGAUUGCUGCCCCCCCCCUUCAUUUCAUCCCUGGAACAACCCUAUAGCAAGCUGAGAGGCAGUGACUGGUCACCCAGUGAGCUUCACAGCCGAGUAGGGAUUCAAACCCUUGUCUCCCAGGUCCUAGUCUGAUGCUCUAAACCACUACACCACAGAGGUAAGAUAUCUGAUGUAUUUUGCACAAACGAGCAAGGUUUUCAGAGUUAAUUAGUUAAAGGCCCUUUCGAGUAAAGCAGAAACAAUGUCCUCAUUUGCACCAAAAUGCUAAGCUUAGCAUCCCUGCAAUCUUCCAGAAAGGAGAUUGCAGCUUCCUUGCUCUUCCCCAGCCAUUCUGCUGCGGUGCUGGGUGCACAGAACCAAAUCCGUGGUUUAGCUCUCUCCCCAAAUCACUGCCUGUAAUUUACAGUUUGAGGUCUUUGUGGGAGAGCAUCUUAAUUCUAUGAUGUUGCCUACCCAUACAACUUUAGCGUGCAAAGGAAGCACACCAUCCCAUUAAGAGUCUCACGAAAGUCUUGCUUCAAACACCGGAAUCCCUGACUUGCGUGUGUACAUGUUUUCUUUUCCAUGUUUGCCGCAGAAAUGUUCUGCAAACAGUUGUACUGGCCCUAACACAGGUCAUGUAGCUGCCUUGCACCCUGGGGGAAGGAAUGCAUUCAGCACCCGCUCUUAACUGUGUAAUGUGUCCAGUAGCCCUUUAGUCAUUAUGCACCAUGGAUGGUUAUCUUAUUACCUCUGUAGCUGAGGGGCAGAGCACCAGAGACAGAAGGUCCCUUGAUUAAUCUCCCAGCAUCUCCAGUAGGGCUGGGAGAUGUUCUUGUCUACACUGACUGGUAGCUGCUUUCCAGGAACUCAGACAAUAUUGAGCUAGGUGGACAACUGGCCUGACUCUGUGUAAGGAAGUUUCCAAUAUUCCUAUGUUUUGCCAGGAGGGGUGGGUGGGGAAGGAUGCGGAUUUGCCUGAAUCUGCUGUGAUGGGUUAUAGCAACUUUGCACGUACUAGGUUGUCAAGAGGAUGCCCCAGACAUCAUGUAAACAUACCCAUGGACAAUUAAAAUAAAGCCUCUUCCAGCCUUGCAAAUAAGCCUAUAGAAAAUAAAUAAAGUUAGUUAGUUAGUUCGUUUGUUAGUUAGUUACUAGGCCACUUACACUCAUUUUUUAGCAAUAUCUGUUCUUGAAAGUGAGUGACAGAGGGCAGACAUACGUUCAUAUCCCAUCUUUCUUCUGUCUAGGAAACCCAUGUGGUUCCCAUGUGGUCUCCCAUCCAGGCACAGACCAGAUCCAGACCUGCUUAGCUUUAGCAAAGUGGUAGCUUCAUGUACCCUCAGACCAUAACCACCAUGUUUGUAAGCUUCCCUAUCCUGUUGGUUGGAGAUGGUGUCUGCCUGCAUUGCCUCUGGCCCUCUAGAUCUUGUUAGGGCUACAACCUCUCUGACCAUUGGCCACAGUGGCUGGGGCUGGUGGGAGCUUGAGUCCCACAGCAUCUGGGGAACCAUAGAUGCCCCACUGCUGCAGCACAUACCAAGUCGGCCACAGUGUCAUCUGCCAAACCCAUAUGAGAGGGCAGUCUUUGCAUGAUUGGCAGGUGACUCAGAGACCCAUUGGCUUCCCAGCCAAUGGAUUUAAAAGCUAGUGGUUAAGAGUGUUGGACUAAGACCAGGGAAAACUGAAUUCAAAUCCCUCCAAACUUGAAGCAUGGGAAGUCCUAUUAAAAAAAAUUGGCAGAAUAUUCGGAUUAUUUGAUAUGUAUAUGCAUAAUCUGGAAUAUUUAAUGUGAUUUGAUUGGAUUGUUAAAGUGGAAAGUUUAAUAAAAAUGAUUUUUUUAAAAAUCCCUGCUCAGUCUUGAAGCACACAUGGUAAGCUUGGGCCAGUGGCUCUUCUGGGCAUAGCCUACCUCUCGGGGUUGUUGUGAAGAUAAAAGGGGGGGGGUAGCCAUUGUAGAGAGCCCCGAGCUCUUGGAGGAAGGGUGGGCUUAAAAAUAUUGUAAAUGCAACCAUAGUUAUUCAGAGAACUGAUGCCGUGGGGUUGUUGCUCCCCCCUAGUUUUUGUAGAUUUGAUCUGUGAGAAAGUCAGGCCACUUGUUCAUGUAGCCCCCACUUCACCCCCCCAAAUAAGCACAGUGUUAAGUGUGUUUGUGCAGAAUAGAGACCUGCUCCUGCCCUUUUCCCAUGGCAGGCAAUUGCCCUCCCUCUUGUGGUGGGUGGCAUUAUUUUUGGGGGUGAGUAACAGCUCUCCCUUCUCUAGUGGAAAGGAGGUUGCAGCUGAGAUAAUGGAAAGUUAAUUUGCCAGGCUAUGUACCAUUAUCACAUGCUCAUCCUAAUUCCAUCUACACAGAUCUCGGUGCCAGGACUGGAAAGGAAUUGGGGGCUGGCGUCUGCUGGGCAGCCCUCCCCACCUCUUCUCUCCCCUUCCUCCUCCCCCCCUCCUUCUCCUCCACACUCCCUCCAUGCAGCAGGGAAGGGUGAUCUGGAUUGGCUGGCUCUGUCCAAAAUGGGCUGCCUUUCCUUUUUUAGAUGUUAGUCGAGCUGUGAAUUCCUUGAUUUUGGCAGAGUGUCAGGUCAGGAGCCUGGAGGAGCACAUGGGAGCUCCAGACCCGCCAAUCUGCAUGGGGUGGGCAGAGCACAGACAUCACACAAAACCCAUUAACCCUUUACCAGGCGUGGAAGGUGCAGGCAUGCUGACCCGCAGGGACCAAGAGCAGAUCACUCCCAAGGGUUAGUUUCCACCAUUCCAGUUAAGCAGUCUUUAAAGGUCAAGAACUUUAUAUACGUAUUUCUCUUUCUUUUAAAUUAAAAACAAACAAACCCAGUUCCCGGCAUUCUGUCACAUUUUAGCAUGACCAAGAAUCCAAGCCAGAAUGUGGACACAAGAAGGCUAAGGUUCUCAAUGGCUAGAUUCUCCCAGGGAGUAGUAAGAUCUCGCGUAUCACCGAAUAUUUGUCGUUUGCUCAGAUGUGGAACAGCAAGAUGCAGUGAUUCUCACUACAUGCUGCUGCUAUUCCGCUGAUACGGGAGUCAAACAGAUUUUACUUUGGCUAAGCAUGUUUUCUUGGGAGUAGGAGCACUGUUUUGUGGCAUGAGACGGCAACAUGCUUUGAAAGAUGGAAAAUCAGGCAAUCAGCAUCUGUAGCCAUGUAAAUACCCGUUGGCUGGCUGCCCCUCGAAUAUAAUAUGUUCGCAAAAAUAAAAGGAAAGAGAGGAUGCUCCGAGGUACCAGCCCAGGUGCUGACACUGGGCCUGUUUGCUUGUUUUUCCAAUGUGUGUUACCUUCUGGGUGGCUGUUUGGGGUUUCCUUAUUCUAUGACGUCCAGGCCCUGAGAGACAGCUCUUGUUGUACCACUGACACUUUUCUUCCGCAAAAACCAGAGUCGAGUACUAACAUGGGUGAACCUCCACAAGUUUAGUUCCACUUUAAAAUAGCGGUAGAGCAUCUCUUUUGUUUACAGAAGGUCCCAGGUACAAUCCUUUAGCAUCUAUGGACUGGGAACUUCUCCCAUCUGGAACUCUAGAGAGCAAGUGCCAGUCAGUCCUGAGCUCGAUGGACCAGUCGUCUGACUCACUUUUCCUACGUUCCUAUGUAAGAACCAGGAUUUGGCCUGGUGCCCGGAACCAAGUUGUGUUUUGAGCCUGGCCUUGUUCCCAUAGGGCUGGCGCUUUGACAGAAAAGGCCCGGCUCCUAGCGGUAGGUAAAUAUGUAUCACCAUCAGACGUGUCUGUCUCCCUGCCGUGAGGAGCUUACAAUUGCAGGUGGGUGGGGAGCUUAACACGGAGUGGGGAUACAACAGGAAAGGAACGGAAGUGCAGCCAAUGGCAAACAGGAAAACGAUAUUUGGUGGUUUCUCUUGCGUGUGCUUAUGCUUCCAGGAUUUGAAGGAAGUAAGAGAGGGGGCGUGCUGGCUGCUCUGGGAGGCAAUUUCAAGCAUCUGGGGCGGCAAGGGAGAAGGACUAGAGUCCUCUCAGGUGUUAAGAGGCUGGAGGAGUAAAAUUCAGAGGCAGUAGGGUAUUGGGAAUUGUAAAGAAGGGUCAACUCUGCAGAGGGCUGACAAACUUGGGCUGGAAGCGGAUACUGUUUGGGGUUGAAGAGGGAGAAGCAUGUAAUCGGAACUGUGAGGGAUUUUGGCAGCAGAUGAGCGCUAGACUGAUGCAACAGGACCAAGGCGAGAGGAUGGCAGACCAGCGUAGAGAAGGGCUACAGUAGUCUCAAUGAGAGAUGGUCAGGGCAUGGACCAGACCUUUCGUCAAGGGGAAAGAGAGGAAGGGCUGCAUUUUUGCAGUGCUGUGAUGGGAAGAAGAAGAAGAGUUUGGAUUUGAUAUCCCGCCUUUCACUCCCUUUAAGGAGUCUCAAAGCGGCUCACAUUCUCCUUUCCCUUCCUCCCCCACAACAAACACUCUGUGAGGUGAGUGGGGCUGAGAGACUUCAGAGAAGUGUGACUGGCCCAAGGUCACCCAGCAGCUGCAUGUGGAGGAGCGGAGAUGCGAACCCGGUUCCCUAGAUUACGAGACUACCGCUCUUAACCACUACACCACACUGGGAGAAGCGGCACGACGGUGGCUGCAGGUCAAAUGCGGGGUGCAAAGGAAUAGGUGUGUGUCAAAGAUAAAGAAAGGCCAUUUAAAUAAACAUUCACAUUACAGUGGUACCUCGGGUUACAUACGCUUCAGGUUACAGACUCCGCUAACCCAGAAAUAGUGCUUCAGGUUAAGAACUUUGCUUCAGGAUGAGAACAGAAAUCGUGCUCUGGCAGCGCGGCAGCAGCAGGAGGCCCCAUUAGCUAAAGUGGUGCUUCAGGUUAAGAACAGUUUCAGGUUAAGUACGGACCUCCGGAACGAAUUAAGUACUUAACCUGAGGUACCACUGUAUCAGCAUCAAAAAAUGUUUAGAAGAUAGUGAAAUAGGAUGCUGUAUUCACUUUUAUUUUUAUGUUUUUAGGUUUGAUGUUAUGUUAUUAAUAACUUUUUCUGUUGAGAGAUAGCAAAGUGGGUGAAAAUAGAAACAAACCAGAAGCGGAAGUUGGGGGAAGUCUUGGAGGAGAGGGAGGGAGGAAUAUAUAGUAAAUGUUAAGAAAUUGAGAUGUAUGUAAUGAAUGAAAAAGAAAAAUGAAUAUUUUCUUUUUUUUAAAAGGACAAAGAAAGGCCUUUUCAACAGGAUGGCUGAUAACAUUAUCGAUGAUCAGGCUUAUGCGAGAGGAGGGCCUGGGUAGAAAAAUGAGAAGUUUGAUCUCAGUUUGAUGUCCACCGGACAUUUCUGUCUCAGUGGAUCCAAUUUUUGGACUUUGUGCUUGUGUGUGUGUGUGUGUGUGUGUGUCUCAGAGAGAGAGAGAGAGAUUCAUCACUUAGCAGAAGUACUCAACUGGCCUCUUCCUUGGCUGCAGAUUUCUGGCUCAUGUCGCAGAUCAAAACAAACACCCCACAUCCUUCCCUCCUUCCUUCCAGCAGCCCAAAGGUGGCUCCACGUAAAUUAGAACAGAGCUGAAUGUUUCGAUGAAAACAUUCAGCCCCGGGGACUGUUCCCUGCCACGUUUGGCACUGGGCAGUUUGUACGGUUGGAGCAGCAGGGUUCACAGGGAGGUUGGUUGCGGCAAUUCUGAUUUUCCUGGCGUUGUGCCUGUUCUGAACGUGAGUUGCCCUUCUCUUGCAGGACUCGCUGAAGCCUGCAUUCACCGUCACCAACCUGCCAGGGACGACGUCGACCAUCCAGACGGCGCCCACCACCUCCACCUCCAUGCAGGUCAGCAGCGGCCCCUCGUUCCCCAUCACCAACUACCUAUCGCCAGUCUCUGCUAGUGUCAGCCCCAACACGGUAACCAGUGCCAACGGGACGGUGCUGAAAACCACUGGAACCAGUGCAGUGGCCUCCGGAGGGCUAAUGCAGAUACCCACCGGCUUCACCCUCAUGUCAGGUCAGUUUCCCUCUUGCCGACUGAGGCACUUUCCUGCUUUUUCCCUGUGGAACCCUCCGGGUUUUAGCCUCAACCUCCCUCUUUCGCUCCGGAGAGGCUGGAAUAGGAAUGCUGGCGCUGUGCUCUCUCGAAUAUGAUUGGUUCAGGAGGGAGAGUGUGGCUUUGAGGCCUAGCUGCGAGGUGAAGCCUGUGAAAUUCCGUGGCUGCAAAUUCGCCACCCCAUGGCUCCUGUGGGGAAGAAGAGAGCUUCCCAAGGAACUCUGCCAUGACUGUUCCUCUUUUUUUGUGUGGCACACCUGGUUGUGAGAAUUGUAGGGUUCGGAGCUGGGAUGUGGAGCCUUUCCUCCUCUUCCUCCCAACAAGGGCCUGUGAUAACAGAUAAUAAUAACCGGGAGGAAACUCAGCCUAAGCUAAAAAUUAAAAUUUAAAUUUAAAAAAGCGAGCCGGCCCCUGAUUUUUUUAAAGAAGGCUUUAUUUUUUUCUCCCUCCUUCUGGCAGGUGCUCCACUCCCUCCCGGGACCCCUGCCAUUCCUCUCACUCAGUUGCAGCCGCACUCCCUUGCCCUCUGCAGCCAGCAGGGCCAGGCGGCCGCUGCAGCCACACCUGGACAGGUGCAGCAGGCACAGCAGACAGUCUUCCGAUUUCCAGCCUCCGCCGGAGGGCAGUUUGUGUCCCUGACAGGUCAGCAGCGCUCACUUCUCCCCUUGCUUGUGGGAGGUGGGUGGAGGGUGCACGCUUUCAGGGAAGCCUCUCCUCCCACGCCUCAGAAAAUAUAGGUCCAGUGGGAGCAGACUGAAGGCUCGUCUAGUCCAGCGUCUGGUUUUCCAGAUAUGCCAGCGGGAAGCCCACCGGAAAGCAGGAUUAUGAAGGCAAUGGCCUCCUUGAUGCAGCUGUUCCCCCCUAGUGGCUGGUGGUAUUCAGAGGCGUGGUACUUCUGAUCUUGGCGGGGUAGCACAUAGCUACCGUGACUGGGCGCCAUCGAUAGUCUUACCCACCACGAAAUUGCUAAUCCCUUUUAAAAGCCGUCCAAGUUGGCAGCCAUCUCUUAUGGCAGGCAAUUCUAGAACUGGAGCUGUUUGCCACGGGAAGUGCUUCCUUUAUCUGUCCCAAACCUCCCAGCAUUCAGCUUCUUUGGUUAUUGCUGUUCUUAUUUUUAUUACAGUUUAUUAAUUGCCUUCUGAGCCAAUGUUCUCAAGGCUCCAAUGUUCUCAAAGCUAAUUCAAACUGUUUGGACACAAAAGUCAGGUUGUGUGUAGGAGGCCCUGUUUCAAAGGUACCCAUCACGUCCUCCUCUGGACAUUAUUUGGACUACAAAUCCCAUCAGCCCCAGCCGGCGUGGCCAAUAAUCAGGGAUGAUGGGAGUUGUAGUCCAGCAAAGAUCAGGGGCACCUCGCUAGCUGUGCCUUCCCUGUUUGAAUGUGGGCACUCUACUUCCGCUAGUAUGAUUAUCAGGAAAGCAAAGGUGAUGGGGGAGCGUGUGCGCUUGCCUGACGUGUUGGUCCCCCACUUGAUGAAUGAAAUCUCCUGCCUCCUGAAGCAUGGUUAUCUCUUGGUACGUUCCUCUGUUGUCACAGUUUCCACUUUUAGGGGCUGCCGCUGCUGUGGUGGCACAGACUCUGCUUUGCACUGUUUCAUUAGGCAGUUGAUUAGUGGCAGGGUGGGGCAAGGGGAGAGACGUCUCCAUGGCAACACAGGAGGAGGUAGACAAUACCUGUGGAGGGAGGGGCUUCUGGCCCCACUGACCUUGGCUGUGAUUGAUGAAAUGGAAAAUGGUGAAUGCUUACUUAGCGGGGAAGAGGACCUGUGGCAGUUGCUGUGAUGGAAAGUAGCAUCUUAACUGGAAAUUUGGACCCUGCAAAUUGUCUAGGGAAGACAGGGAGCCGGGAGGCCACCUUGCUGGAAUCGUGCUGGAACUCAUUUGGAUGUCCUUGAGGCCCGUGCAGCUGUAGGAAUAAUAAACAGCACUUCAGUCUUGAUGCAACAAGCCAUUAGCAGUAAAACUGUUGUAAUGCUCUCAGGCUGGCCAGCUCUUGUCUUAUCCUUACAAAGGGCUUGGGUUCCUUAAAAGCCUAAAAUCAUAUGCUGGAAUUCUGCUGCAGAACAUCCAACUUUCCUCGAGCAAGUUUGCUGGGUUAGUGGUGAGGAGUACGCAUAUAUGUGGCGAGGGAAGGUUUAAGGACGUAUUUAAAGGACCUUUCAGAUCACUUUGCAUGAACAAUAUGCUGAGCAGUGUAUUGAGAUUUGAAGAUGGCUAUCACAUCUCCUCUCAGUCUCCCCUUUUCCAGGCUAAACAUUCCCAGCUCCUUCAAACGCUCCUCAUAAGCCUUGCUUGGGAUGAUUCCAACUAAAAUGUUCCAUCAAUGCAAGGAUUCCUGCUUCCGCAAUAGAACUCCUCCCCACCCCAUCAUGAGCAGCCAGCGCCCUACCCAAAUUGCGCUUGUUGUAAACAAAAUCUGCCCUUAUUCCCUUAUGGGGUACACAAGAGCCCUUAUAGAGUCCUUUGUAGGUUCUCCAUCGGUAGGAGAAAAUAACAGAGGCCAACCAGAGAAUAUUGAGAAGCAAAGCAGCUAGUAAGCCUGAUCUUUAUUAAACUUUUGCAACAGGGUGCUCCCCCACACGCAGGAGAGAGGAGGAGGACCCAGAACAAAGGUGUGCCCGCCCUUAUAUAGACAUUUUAAAUUGCCCACCUUGGAGUCCAAGACCACCCCCCAGAUACAUCAUACCUACAUCACAGAAAAGGCUGUCUACAACAGAAAUCUGAGUGUGUUGUUUUUACCCUGUCUGCCAGGUUACCUGUUAAUGGUCACUUGACUGGAUUACCUGAGGAGUCUGGCCAUCCUUUUGUAAUGAUAAUACUUAAUUCCUGAGCCAGGUCACAGGCUCACGCUAUUCACACCUUAAAUGUGUCCUUAAGGCAGGAUUUGUGAGGACAGAGACAAUGGGGAGGCGCAUUUUCUUCGAAAUUGUAGAGCAGGGAUAGGCAACCUAAGGCUUGGGGGCCGGAUGCGACUCAAUUGCCUUCUCAACCCAGCCCACAGAUGGUCCGGGAAUCAGCGUGUUUUACAUGAGUAAUAAUAAUAAUAAUAAUACCUUUAUUGUCAUUGUACAACCUGUACAAUAUGUCCUUUUAUUUAAAAUGCAUCUCUGGGUUAUUUGUGGGGCUUGCCUAGUGUUUUCACAUGAGCAGAAUGUGUGCUUUUAUUUAAAAUGUAUCUCUGGGUUAUUUGUGGGGCAUAGGAAUCUGUUCAUUCCCCCCCAAUAUAGUCCGCCCCCCCCAUGGUCUGAGGGACGGUGGACCGGCCCAUGGCUGAAAAAGGUUGCUGACCCCUGUUGUAGAGAAAUAUCUGAGGUGACUGAAAGAGUCAAAAUGGCUUUAGGACUUUUCCUAUGGGUUUCAGACAUGUGGUUUAUAUAUAUAUGUACGUGUUUGCUUAGUACAUUUAUGAACAUUUAUUAUACAUAUAAGACCUUUAAAAUUUUAUUACACGCUAGAGGGUUGGGUGAAUCCCCAGAACCAGAAAUGAGUUCCUGCAGGUUCCUGCUGCAAAAAAAAAGAAGCCCUGGUUUUUGUUAUGUGGGUGUUUUCAAUCUGUAUGGCUGUUUUAAAAUGCAUGAAAGUAAUAAAGGUAAAGGGACCCCUGACCAUUAGGUCCGGUUGUGACCAACUCUGGGGUUGCGGCACUCAUCUCGCUUUAUUGGCCGAAGGAGCCGGCGUACAGCUUCCGGGUCAUGUGGCCAGCAUGACUAAGCCUCUUCUGGCGAACCAGAGCAGCGCACGGAAACGCCGUUUACCUUCCCGCCAUUUACCUUCCUGCCGUUUACCUUACCUAUUUACCUACUUGCACUUUGAGGUGCUUUCGAACGGCUAGGUUGGCAGGAGCUGGGACCAAGCAACGGGAGCUCACCUCGUCGCAGGGAUUCGAACCGCCGACCUUCUGAUUGGCAAGUCCUAGGCUCUGUGGUUUAACCCACAGUGCCACCCACGUCCCCUGAAAGUAAUGGUUGGGCACUAAUUGAUUUCCUUCUCUUGUGCCUUUUUGAGGAGGAAUGAACCCUAACAAUAACACGCAUGCACUGCUAGUGAUUUGGGGAGGUGGGAUUUAGUUCUUGGUUGUACAUACUCAUGGAGGAUAAGGCUGUCAGCGAGUCAUGAUGGCUGUCAAAGACAGUUGCUGAGAACAUUCCUGCAUUGCAGUGGGUUGGACUAGAUGACCCACCGGGUCCCUUCUAUGAGCAGGAGAGGGCUAUUGCGUUCAUAUCAUCCUUAUGGGCUUCCCAUAGGCAUGUGGCUGGCCACCGAAAGAACUGAAUGCUAGACUAGAUAGACCUUUGGUUUCAUCCAGCGAGGGCUUUUCUAACGUUCUUCCCAGCAUGAGAACUGGGAGGCUGUCAGGAUGGGGUAGGUUUCCUUCUUUUCGUUUUGCUGAGUCUUGGGUGUGGGAAUGCUGAUAUGUGGUUGGUGUCUGGGUUUCCUUACCACUGGUUUGACUGAAGGUCUUCAGUAGUCCCACCAUUAGAGGCCCGUUAUAGAGGAAGGUCCAUAGCUCAGUGGCAAGAGCAUCUGCUUUGCAUGCAGAAGGUCCUGGGUUCAAUCCCCAGCGUCUCUGGGUAGGGUUGGUAAUGUUUGAAAUCCAGGAGAGCUGCUGCCUGCGUGUGUGGACAAUACUGAGCUAUUACUAUUAUUAUUAAUAUUAUUUAUUAUUAUUAUUAAAAUUAUAUUAUCAUUUGUUAAAUGUAUAUGCCGCCAUUCAUCAAAAGAUCUCAGGGUGGUCCUACAGAAUAAAAUACAAGUAAAUAAUUAAACAAAAACAACAAAACAGUAACACCCCCUUCCCACAGAUACAUUUAAAAGGCAGUAGGAUAUUAAUCAGCCAAAGACUGUCAGUGAACAUAUUUAUUUGCAUUACUUAGUGCUUUAAAACUACUGGUGCAGCCCAGGACGGCAAAACAAGGCCAAUAUUCCGGAAAUCCUUGUCUAGACUCUGUGAAAGGAUUUUGUGGAACUGUAACAACCUUACAUGUGGAUUGUUUGGACUUUAUGAACAGACAGGUGGAAUAGACACCAUUACACGGAUGGACCUUAUGCAUGAACUGACUAGAGAAUGAUCUAAUCCACUGGGUCUUCUGCUUUGUUCGUUUGUUGAACUUUAUGAGUCACUUCUGUUGAAAUUUACAGUUUUAUACAAUGAAUAGUAUACCUUAAUUAUCUAAGAACACAGCUAGUUACGUCUCGUGUGAUUAUUGAAUAUGUCAGUGAACAUAAAGCAGCUUCGGGUAUUCCAGGGCAGCGCGUGAUCAUCCCCCUGCUGCAACGCAUCACAGGUUAGCUUUUGCCUGUAAGAGUUCAGGUGCCCUGUUGCUUAAUUUGGAAUCCCAGCUUGCCCAUGAUUUGUAUUUGCUUCUAUCUUGCCUUUCUCGGAUGUAUUUAUUUAUCUUACUAUUUCUGUGGAGAUCUGGAUACCGCAGGCCCCUGGGCGGCUGUGCCAGGACCCCACUCAACUGCCCCAGUUGCAAAAGCCUUGGAAGAGGCAGAAGGGAGUAGUGGUAGGAGAGAGGAAGAGAGUGAGCCCCAGAGGACGGGGAAGGAGAUUUGUCAGGAGCCAGCCAGGAACCUGGGAAGCCUGCAGUCGGGCUUGUCUUCUGCCAGUUGAAGAGAGUGCUUAGCCAGCGGAGAGGGGAAAUCUAUCUGCUGAGGGAAAAGCAAGUUGGCUGCCUUUAGAGGGCACUCCUGUUUAGCAUUAGAACAAAUUGAGGCUUCUGGGCGCAAGCAAAGCCCGAACAGGGGAUAAGACAACAGGAUGGGCCUUGUCUGCAUUGUAUAUAGUUAAACCAGUACUGCAUCACUUUAAACAGUCAUGGCUUCCCCCAAAGAAUCCUGGGAAACGCAGUUUAAGGGUUGUUUAGGAAACCUCUGUUCUCCUCAUAGAGCUACCAUUUCCAGAGUUCCUUGCAAAGUCAAGUUGAUUGUUAACCCACUCUGAGAACUGCCUGAGAGAUGUUAGGAGACCCCGAUUCACCUUGUCCCUAAACCAGCAGAGGUAUUUUUGCUGUGGCGGUUUUUACAGAUUUGUAAACCUUGCCACAGCCAAGAAACUAUUGAAGUGGUGUGCCAUAAGACAAAACGAGAUAAAAUAUGAAAACAAUAACACUGUUUCUGUUGCUGUAUGAUUAAUAUUCCAUCAAAUCACCAGAUCAAACUUUCUUACACAAAAAAGGCUUCUGUAGCUGCCUAAACAUCAAGAUGACAGGUUCCUGCCUCUGAUUUUGGCUUGGAAAUGACUGCAGAAAGAGUCCUGCUCUUCAGAAAAAGUGUGUCAGGGCUUAUACUGUGUUCAGGCUGACUGAACGGAGGAGAGUUUACAAUUUUGGUCCUGCUUUUCAGCUCAAAAGUUGAAAAUGAUGGGAGCUGUAGUCCUGCGGCAUCCGGGAGGCCUCCUUGACCCACCCUACCCCACCCCACCCUCAAGCUUUCCAAACUUUUCAUGUUGGUGACACACUUUUUAGAUAUGCAUCAUUUCACAACAUGAUAAUUCAGUUUGACUAGCAAACCGGAGGUUAAAGUCACCCUUUUCCAGCCCCCGGCGGAGCAUGGGGAGCGUUUGCGUGACGCACCUACACACUGCAGCCGGUACACUUAACAUGUUGCGACACAACAUUUGGAAAAUUCUGUCUUAUCAAGAGGAAGGGCGAGUGCCGCCUGUUGACUUUUUGCAGUAUGGUAGCGCUGCAGAGAGCUUGCUGGGGAGACCAUGCAUUAAAAAGGGACUCAAAAAUAACUUAAACAAGGUUUUAAUAAGAAAAACAAAAACUCCUUUUACACUAAAUACAUUAACAAACAAACAUGACCCAACCACCAACCCAUCCCCCAGGGUAAUGGGAGAGCUAGGUGCUGCUCCUUAUAUACUACACCCAAUUGCCAACACAGCUUAAUCAGUACAACUCGGCAGCACCUGCUAUGUUUCACAGCUGUAAAGCUGGGUCUCGUUAUCUUGCUCUGGCCCUUGCUUUGGCCCCUUAAAGACAUACACAUCGGGUGGAACAGUGAUGAACCUUUACAUUUAAAGAAACCAUUCAACAUUUCCCCUGCGGUUCAUCAUUGUGGAACAAAAACAUAAAGCAUACUUUGUACAUGUUUUUCAUGUAUACCUUUUGGAAGUGCUUUAGUAAAAAUGUCUGCAAUUUGAUUGUCACCUGGAACAUAUUUAAAUACAACCAUUUCAUCAGCAAUUAGUUUCUUUACAAACUGUAAACGUAAUCUUAAGACUUUAGUGCGCUGCGUAUUGGUUUCUGAACAUAGGAUAGCGAGUCCACUCUGGGAAUCAAGGUAAACUUUUACUGGUAGUGUUACUUGCAUCUGUAGGUCUGCGAAUACUUGCAGAUACCAUUCCACAUCACGAGUGGCCUGAACACAUGCACAUAAUUCACUCUCUGUUGUGGAGAGACAAAUAAUGGUUUGUGUCUGGGACUUCCAUUCAAAUGGACAACCAUUAUAACAAAACACCAUACCAGACACACCCCUGCAAUUAUUUUGUUCCACUGCAUGAGAUGCAUCACAGAAAAUUUCAAAACCUUUGUCAAUACAUGUUGUAAACUGCAACCUAUAAUGUUUGGUAUGUUUAAGGUACAUUACCACUCUCUUAAGAGCAGAGAAACAUUGUGUAGUGGGCUUUUCCACAAAUUUUGCCAGAAAGUGAAAGGCAUAAGUUAUAUCUGGUCUUGAGAUUCUUUGAAUGAAAUUUAGCUUGCCUAUAGCAGAACGAUACAAAGUUUUGUUAGGAAAUGGCUUAUCUUCACCUGUAAAAGUGAAACCACACACCAUGGGCGUUUCCUUCCCAUUUGCAUUUUCUAAACAUAGCAUUUCAACAAGAUCGUCAAUUUUUGCAGUUUGAUGAACCAGAAAAGAUCCAUUUUUGCCUUUCUCAAUUUGCAUGGAUAAGUAAUUUUUAGCUAUGCCUAAUUCCACCACAUCAAAUUUCUUCUGUAACUGUGUUACUACCUGUUCAUAUUCCUGUUUAGUUUUUGUAGAAAUUAACACGUCAUCUACAUAGACACAUAUUUUUGCUACAGAGUUUGCCCUUUCCUUUAUAAACACACAAUUGUCUGCCUUUCCCUGUGAAAAACCAAUAUCCAGCAAUUCUUUUGCUAAAGUUUGGUGCCAGUUCCUUCCACUUUGGUGCAGACCAUAAAGGGAUUUAUUUAAUUUGCAUACCAAACCUUCAGCGGCGUCUAUGCCUUCAGGGACACGCAUAAAAAUUUGUUCUUUUAAAUCUGCAAACAAAUAUGCAGUUUUUAUAUCUAGGUGAUAAACAGAAUGUCCACGUUGUGAUGCAUCUUUUAACAAAAGCUUAACUGUUUCAUAUUUUACACUUGGUGAAUAACACAAAUCAUAAUCUUCGCCUGGAAUUUGUUGAAAACCCCUAGCAACUAAUCUUGCCUUGUACCUUACAACUUCAUUUUUGUCAUUCAUUUUAACUCUAUAAACCCAUUUUGAAUCAAUAAGUCUCAUAUCUGGGGUUUGUGGUACAAGAGACCAAGUGUUAUGCUCUUUUAAAGAAGCUAUUUCAGAGUUCAUAGCUUUAUACCAAUUUACAGCUUGGUGCUUAGGUAAAUUCUGAACAUCAUUGUAGCUUUUUGGCUCAAAAACUGCCUUAUUGGCAUACACAGUAUUAAAAUGUUCAUCUGCAAAACGUUGUGGCUUCUGUCUCUUUCUAUCUGAACGUCUCAGUCCGGAAGGAGAGUCAGACUCCUCAGACUUAAUGGGACUAUGUAAACUACUAGUUUCAGGUUGUAAAUCAUCAUUGUCAGACUGAAGAGAUGCCUGUUGGCUAAGCUCACGGUCAGAAAACUCAAGAGAAUCUAACCUCCCCUCGGGUGCCUGUGACUUUAAAUCAUCAAAGAAAUUAUCAGAUUCAACAGGCUUUUUGUCUUCUUCCAUUAAUUCAGAAGCACCAUUUCCUGCUGCUGCUGCUGCUUCUUCUACCUCUUCUUCCUCAGUAUUAUCUAUACCAUUACUAUCUUGGAAAACAGCAACACCAUUCCAAUUUACAGUUUGUAUCAUGCUUCUGGUAAUAUGAAAUUUGCCAGUUGCUGGUAUGUAAAUUCUGUACACCCCUGCUGGUAGCCCAUUAAUUUUCCCUGGACACUACGUUCACCCAAUUUCUGCUUAGCGGGAUAAUGCAUUAUUACAUCUGAACCCCAAAUGCGUAGGUAUUUCAGAUUAGGGCGUUUUUAAACAGCUUCUCAUAGGGGUGACAUCUAAACCAGAAUGAUAACUGCGAUUUCUAACAUAACAAAAGGCAUUGAGCGCUUCAGCCCAAAAGUCUUUGGGCAGAUUAGCAUCAUGCAGAUAAGUUUUAACCCCUGCCUGCAGGUCACGCUGCACAACUUCAACAAGCCCAUUUUGCCAGGGACUUCGGGGCAAGAUAACUCAUGAGUAGUCCCCUGCGCUUCCAGGAAUUUCUCAAAAUCCUCAGAAACAAAUUCCCCGCCCCUGUCAGAAAAAAGGUUCUUAAUAGGUUUGUUAAAAUGUGUUUUUACCCAGUUGCAAAAAACUUUGUACUUCUCAAAUGCUUGGGACUUCUCAGCUAUUGCAUAAGUCCAACAAUAUCUACUAUACUGGUCUAUCAGGGUAAGCCAGUACUUAGAACCUCCUAAGGAUGGUGGGAGUGGCCCAACUAAAUCACAAUGUACACGCUCAAAUGGCUCAGUUACUUUCCUAUCUGAGCACCUACCCUUACGUGCAACCUUAAUCUUAUUCUUGCAACAGGAUAGACAUUGCAUAAAGAAUUUACAUGGUUUUAAGUUGAGGCCAUUAACAAUAUUCUUGGUCUUAAUUACAUCAGCAAAAUUCAGAUGUCCCAGAAUUCUGUGCGCCUCAUGGACACACCCAGAAUGUGGCCUUACAUUCCUCAACCCCUGGCUUGACUGUGCUGCUCUGCAAUUUAUAGGCGAUUGGGAGUAGGUGCGAAAAUACAGUCUAUAUAAACCAUCAGAUUCCCGGGCAUACAAUAGACGUUUGUUCCCCUCGAAAAACUCACACAUUGACUUUAAGAAACGCACAGUUAUGCCUUGACGAGCAAAACACCUUACUGACAAUAAAUUGUCCACUGAUGGGCAGUAAAUGCAGUUCGCUAUAGUAAUGUUUAAAGAGUCAAGUUUAACAGUACCCCUGCCAAGCGACUGCAAGACUUGUGAAUUGGCUAAAUGUACAUUACCAAUUUCCUCUUCAAAGAAAUAAACAAGCUUCGAUCGUUGCAAACGUGCUGAGAUGCUCCUGAGUCCACAAUAAAAGAAUUCCACUUGGCACCUUUAAUUCUUUUACGAUCUCUUGUGCUAGCGUGAAAAGCUCGCGGCUCGUUUCUGUCUUUACGGUACGAUGCCGGCUGCUGAGCUGACGACCGUGACUGACGAACAGAAACAGACUUGGGAGUACUUUGCUUUCUUUUGGAUCUGCAGUCCUUUGCAAAAUGUCCUUGCUUAUUGCAGAACCAACAACGCUUUGCAGCUUUAAAUGCAGUUGUAUCACCACAAGUUUGCAUAUGGCGUUCCUCAUUCUUUCUGGAAAUAGGAGUGCUUAUGGCACAAGCCUCCCUUCUGUCCAACUCGCCCAUUAAUCUUGCCGUUACCCCUUCCACAGUUAAUUGUGCUGGUGGAAUGGCAGAUAUCUGGCUAGCUAUACCAUCAAAGUCCUCAUUAAGGGAACAAAGGAUGAUGAAAACAUACUGAGUAUCAGGUAUCUCCAUGUCCCUUUGAAUUAAUUCGCAGCGUAUUGCCUCCAGACGUCUCAAGUGUGCUGCCAAAUCACCACCAGGCUGCAACUUUGUCUGGUACAGCUGCUUGAAAAACGUCAAUGCAGACGCUGACUCUUUUCUAACAUGCACUGCUGCAAGACUGUCCCACAUUUCUUUGGCAGUUUUCUUAUUCCUUAUAUAGACUACUUGCUGGUCGCUGACUGCCAAAUUAAUUAUCGCCCUGGCUUUCGCAUCUCCUUUCGACCAAGCAUUAGUCACAGGGUCAGGAGGGUCAUCAGUUACAUAGGUCCAUACUUCUCUAGAGGUCAAAAGCGCCUCCACCCGAAAAGACCAUAAACUAUAGUUCUCAUCUGUCAGCUGUGGGAAGACCAGAGCCUUCUCAGCUUCAGGAACCCGGUCAACCAUUCUGGAACUCUUCCAGACCCACAGAACUACGCUAACAGGAGAAGGAGUUUUCAAACCUUUCUCAGAGUCCAAAAAUAUGCAGUCAUCCACUCAGCAGCUGGGCCCAUAACCAAAGAUGUUGACUUUUUGCAGUAUGGUAGCGCUGCAGAGAGCUUGCUGGGGAGACCAUGCAUUAAAAAGGGACUCAAAAAUAACUUAAACAAGGUUUUAAUAAGAAAAACAAAAACUCCUUUUACACUAAAUACAUUAACAAACAAACAUGACCCAACCACCAACCCAUCCCCCAGGGUAAUGGGAGAGCUAGGUGCUGCUCCUUAUAUACUACACCCAAUUGCCAACACAGCUUAAUCAGUACAACUCGGCAGCACCUGCUAUGUUUCACAGCUGUAAAGCUGGGUCUCGUUAUCUUGCUCUGGCCCUUGCUUUGGCCCCUUAAAGACAUACACAUCGGGUGGAACAGUGAUGAACCUUUACAUUUAAAGAAACCAUUCAACACCGCCACCACUGUACCAAUGAGACACAGCACAAAUGCUCUUCACAGUCCUGAGAAAACCCUUCAAUCCCUCAGAAAAAAAACUUAUUAAUGUAUGUGACAACAGCGGCUUGGAUUUUGUUCGCCCCCAAAUGGAGGGUGAGUGAGGUCCCUGGUAAGGAGGGCUGGCAAUUUAAGAUGAUAGAAUAUUCAGAGUUAGCAGGCCUAGCAAGUAGAAUAAGAGAGCAAGAAGAACAGGUCUUUAAAGAGGAGUGGAAAUUUUUUGUUGAGAAUGUGGGGAAUAAUUGAAAACGCCGGCAAGUACUAAGGUAAAUUCAACAGUGCAACAUACCGUAUUUUUCGCCCCAUAGGGCGCACCUAGUUUUUUGGGGGGGAAAUAAAGAAAAAAAAUUUUAUUUCUCCCCCCAGGCGCGGGGCUGGGGCGGGGGAAGCCCGAGCUUCCCCCGACCCCAGCCCCCAGAACAGGCUGCUAUCCGCAAGCCAUGGAAGAGCUGCGCGAAGCCCGAAGCCUGGGGGGCGCUGAGCUCAGUGCGCCCCAGGCUUCUGGGUGCAGGCAGCUCUCCGCAAGAGGUGGGAGAGAUGCACGAAGUCGCGCAGCUCUCCCACGGCUUGCGGAUAGCUUCCUGAAGCCUGGAGAGCGAGAGGGGUCAGUGCGCACCGACCGCUCUCCAGGCUUCAGCGAAAGCUUGCAUUCGCCCCAUAGGACGUACACACAUUUCCCUUCAUUUUUGGAGGGGGAAAAGUGCGUGCUAUAGGGUGAAAAAUACGGUAUUUAAAAGGCAUGUAAAAAUGGGGGGGGGACUAAUUCAGAUGGAUAUGCAAGAAUAUGCAGGAAUUGUGGGAUAAUUGAAAGAACGUUGGAAGGGGAAGGAGGGAAGUCAUUGAAUGUAUGGGUAUAAUGAAAGGUUUUAUUUUAUUCUUUGGUAGGUUUAUGGAUGUAUACUUUUCUUUUUGUAAACCUACCAAUCAAUAAAUAAAUUUUAGAAAGGGGCAAGGUUAGAAGUAGAUGCACAAACCAUAUUUUUUUUUAAAGGAAGGCUCCUUUUUUUCUGCCCUGCGCUCUGUCUGCACCUCAGACCCAAUGUGUCAGGCAAGACGGGGCCUCUGUGGCGGCAUCGCCUCUUCCUUGCCCACUCUCCAGCAGCCACUACAAGCUGCCCAAGGGAGGAGAGGCAACGGGAUGCUCCCUUGCCACUGCUGCCCCUUCUCAGGACAAGCGCUAGCCUCCUUGAGCUUGGUUGUGGCAUCACUUGUGGGGGAAAUAGAGACAUUCCAGGAUCAAAUCAGAAGCACUGAUUUUCCAGCACUGUCCCUGGAAAAUAGGGGCACAUUUGGAGGGUAUGCAAUCUGUAGCCUCCACAGACACACUGGGCCAACUGCUGCUGUGUUUUCUGCGUUUGCAGAAAAUAUGUGUCAAUGCUCGGCCCACCACAUGGCAGCAUGGCCUGCUUUCCUAUGUGGUUGGAGCUGUCGUGUGGAAAGGGGUCGGCUUGUUUCUGCCGUGAGAAGAGGUUGUGGUUGUGGUUGGAGGCGCAGAGCGUUUUGCUUGCUCGCGAUAGUGCACCCUGGGGACCGAUAGCUUUGUUUAGUCGUUUAGUCAUGUCCGACUCUUUGUGACCCCAUGGACCCGAGCACGCCAGGCACUCCUGACUUCCACUGCCUCCCACAGUUUGGUCAGGCUCAUGUUUGUAGCUUCGAGAACACUGUCCAACCAUCUCGUCCUCUGUCGUCCCCUUCUCCUUGUGCCCUCCAUCUUUCCCAACAUCAGGUCUUUUCCAAGGAGUCUUCUUUCCAGUAAGAGCUGUUCGACAGUGGAAUUUGCUGCCAAGGAGUGUGGUGGAGUCUCCUUCUUUGGAGGUCUUUAAGCAGAGGCUUGACAACCAUAUGACAGGAGUGCUCUGAUGGUGUUUCCUGCUUGGCAGGGGGUUGGACUCGAUGGCCCUUGUGGUCUCUUCCAACUCUAUGAUUCUAUGAUUCUCUUCUCAUGAGGUGGCCAAAGUAUUGGAGCCUCAACUUCACGAUCUGUCCUUCCAGUGAGCACUCAGGGCUGAUUUCCUUAAGAAUGGAUAGGUUUGAUCUUCUUGCAGUCCAUGGGACUCUCAAGAGUCUCCUCCAGCACCAUAAUUCAAAAGCAUCAAUUCUUCGGCGAUCAGCCUUCUUGAUGGUCCAGCUCUCACUUCCAUACAUCACUACUGGGAAAACCAUGGCUUUAACUAUAUGGACCUUUGUUGGCAAGGUGAUGUCUCUACUUUUAAGAUGCUGUCUAGGUUUGCCAUCGCCUUUCUCCCAAGGAGCAGGCGUCUUUUAAUUUCGUGACUGCUGUCACCAUCUGCAGAGAUCAUGGAGCCCCAAAAAGUAAAAUCUCUCACUGCCUCCAUUUCUUCCCCUUCUAUUUGCCAGGAGGUGAUGGGACCAGUGGCCAUGAUCUUCGUUUUUUUGAUGUUGAGCUUCAGAUCAUAUUUUGCGCUCUCCUCUUUCACCCUCAUCAAAAGGUUCUUUAAUUCUCCUCACUUUCUGCCAUCAAGGUUGUGUCAUCUGCAUAUCUGAGGUUGUUGAUAUUUCUUCCGGCGAUCUUAAUUCCUGCUUGGGAAUUAGCCUUUCGCAUGAUGAAUUCUGCAUAUAAGUUAAAUAUAAGGACCAUCGGCUGGGUGAGGACUGCAGGGCCUGCUCCCUUCCAGGGCCUUUUCCAACUGGCCCAGGCCCUCUCUCCCAGCUAUAAAGGGACUCCUGCUGCGGGGAAGCCUCGGACCAUCGGCUGGGUGAGGACUGCAGGGCCUGCUCCCUUCCAGGGCCUUCUCCAACUGGCCCAGGGGGCAUGGCCCAGGCCCUUAUUUGGAACAAACUUUUGGGGAAGUGUGGGAAGUGUUCUGCCAUUGCUUCCCUGUUCCAGGUGGUUAAUGUGCUUUAAAAUGUCCUCAAGCAGUUGGUGGCAAUUUAAAUUUUUGUUUCUUUUUUUCCUUUUUUCCUUUGUUGGGGGUGGGUGGGUGGGAUGGAUAUUUGGUUGGGGAUUAAUUUUAGUAUAAUUGUUCUGUUCCUUUUUGUUGUUGUUGUUUUAUUGGUUCUGUAUAGUUUGUGUUUUGUUUUUAAGGGGUGGGAUCAGGGCUGCCUGGGAGUGGCUCCCCAGCCAACACGAUGGCUGGGACAAGUUCCACAGGGGGGAAGCACUGGGACAUCCGAUCUCAGUGAUCAUGGGCAGGAGGCGGAGUUACGCUAAGACCAGACUAUGUCAUUACCGAGGAGGCAGGUUUAGUCGUUGUUUGAAGACUAUCCCUGCCUCCGGGUCUGGCCUUGACCGGAUGGAUACUGGAAUCAACAAGGGAAACCCACAUGACCUGAAAGUGUUGCUGUGCAAUGCCAGGUCAAUGAUGAAUAAAACCACUGCCAUCCACGACUUGAUUGUGGAUGGAGGAUUUGACCUGGCAUGUGUGACAGAGACCUGGUCGGAGGAAGCAGAUGGGCCUGUCCUUGCCGCUGCUUGCCCACCAGGUUUCUCUUACGCACAGCAACCCAGGUCAUGUGGGCGGGGAGGGGGGGUUGCAGUGAUUUUUAGGAAGUCACUAGCUUGCACCAGGCGUCCUACUGGGAAGAUCCAGUUCUCUGAGUGCAUGUUCUGGAAGUUGGGUAAUAGGGGCAGUACAGGAUUCCUUUUUUUUUUUUUUUAUAAGAUAUUUAUUGGUUUUACAAAAAAAAAUUCCAAAAGAUGCAAAAAUACAAAAAUUCAACAAACAGAAAACAACAAUAACAAUGACAAAAAGCAAACAGAGAUAACAAUAUCCAUAACAAAGAAAGAAAAAAGAAAAAAAGAAAAAGAAACAGAAAAGUUUAAAAGAUAUUAUACUUUCAUUUAGCCUUCUUAUCUUUACCUAGUUCUUUGACUUCCCCGCAUCUCCCCGCUUGUAUUUCCAUUUAAGAACUCCUUUCAGCAAAUCCUUACCCUCCUUUCUUUAUCUUAACUCAAAAAACUUAAUCUAUUUAUAUAUAAAUAUUUUUACAACCUUAUCAAUCAAAUAUUCCAUGCUCUUAAUCACAAGGCUUUUGCCAAUACCAGUUAUUUUCAAUCAGACCUCAAUUUAACAUUCAUUAAUUUUAUAGUAUUUCUGUAGAUAGUCUUUAAAUUUCUUCCAAUCUUCUUCCACCGACUCUUCUCCCUGGUCACGGAUUCUGCCAGUCAUCUCCGCCAGUUCCAUAUAUUCGAUUACCUUCAUCUGCCAUUCUUCCAGAGUGGGUAAAUCUUGUGUCUUCCAAUACUUUGCGAUGAGUAUCCUUGCUGCUGCUGUUGCAUACAUAAAGAAAGUUCUGUCUUUCUUUAGCACCAAUUGGCCAACAAUGCCCAAGAGAAAGGCCUCUGGUUUCUUUAGAAAGGUAUACUUAAAUACCUUUUUCAACUCAUUAUAUAUCCUUUCCCAGAAGGCCUUAAUCUUUGGGCACGUCCACCAAAGGUGAAAGAAUGUACCUUCAGUUUCCUUACAUUUCCAACAUUUAUUAUCGGGCAAAUGGUAGAUUUUUGCAAGCUUGACUGGGGUCAUGUACCACCUGUACACCAUUUUCAUUAUAUUCUCUUUUAAAGCAUUACAUGCUGUAAACUUCGUACCUGUGGUCCAUAACCGUUCCCAGUCAGCAAACAUAAUGUUAUGUCCAACAUCCUGUGCCCAUUUAAUCAUAGCAGAUUUUACCGUUUCAUCCUGAGUAUUCCAUUUUAGCAGCAAGUUAUACAUUCUUGAAAGUGUUUUAGUUUUGGAAUCUAGCAGUUCUGUUUCCAACUUUGAUUUUUCCACCUGGAAGCCAAUUUUUCUAUCCAAAUUAUAGACCUCUCUUAUUUGGUAAUAAUGCAACCAGUCUCGCACUCUAUCUUUUAAUUUUUCAAAACUCUGCAAUUUGAAUUUGUCUCCUUCUUGUUCCAAGAUCUCCCAAUAUUUUGGCCACUUGGCCUCCAUAUUGGACUUUUUUAGAGCCUUUGCCUCCAUUGGUGAUAGCCACCUUGGGGUUUUAUUCUCCAAUAAGUCUUUAUAUCUUAUCCAGACAUUGAACAAUGCUUUCCUGACAAUAUGGUUUUUAAAUAUUUUGUGAGCUUUAACCUUGUCAUACCACAAAUAUGCAUGCCACCCAAACACAUUAUUGAAACCUUCUAAGUCCAAAACAUCAGUAUUUUCCAGAAGUAACCAAUCCUUCAACCAGCAGAAAGCUGCUGAUUCAUAAUAAAGUUUAAAGUCUGGCAGGGCACAUCCCCUCUUUCUUUAGCAUCAGUCAAUAUUUUAAAUUUUAUCCUGGGCCUCUUGCCCUGCCAGACAAACUUAGAAAUAUCUCUCUGCCACUUCUUAAAACAGUCCAUUUUGUCUAUUAUUUGUAUCGAUUGAAACAAAAACAGCAUUCUUGGCAAUACAUUCAUCUUGAUGACAGCAAUUCGACCUAACAAGGAAAGCUUCAAAUUUGUCCAUAUUUCUAAAUCCUUUUUAAUGUCCGACCAACACUUUUCAUAAUUGUCUUUAAAUAAAUUCCCAUUUUUAGCUGUCAUAUGAAUCCCCAGAUAUUUCACUUUUUUUACCACUGUUAAACCUGUCUCAUUCUGAAACCUCUCUUUUUCAAUCGGUGUUAAAUUCUUCUCAAGUACUUUAGUUUUAAACUUAUUCAGCUUAAAACCUGCCACCUGACCAAACUCUUGAAUCAGUUCUAAUGCUCUUUUCGUACUAGAUUCUGGCUCCUGUAAUGUCAGUACAAGGUCAUCUGCAAAUGCUUUCAGUUUAUAUUGUUUCGCUCCGACCGUUAUGCCCUUAAUCAGAUGGUCCCUUCUUAUCAUAUUUAACAAAACCUCCAGAACAGAAAUAAAAAGUAAUGGGGAAAUUGGGCAGCCUUGUCGUGUCCCUUUCUCUAUCUUAAUUUCCUCUGUUAUCACAUUAUUAACUAUUAAUUUAGCUUUUUGUUCUGAAUAAAUUGCAUUUAUACCAUUUUCAAACUCUUGGCCUACCCCCAUCCCCUGAAGAUUUUUCUUCAUAAAACUCCAAGAAAUAUUGUCAAAGGCUUUCUCUGCAUCCACAAAAAUCAAAACUGCUUUAGUAUUGAUCUCCUCUUGCAGCUUCUCCAGAAUAUCAAUUAUGUUCCUUGUGUUGUCCGAAAGAUGUCUAUCUGGAAGAAAGCCAGCUUGGUCCUUGUGAAUCACUCCUUUUAGCACUUUUUAAGCCUUUUUGCUAAAAUGUCAGCAAAAAUUUUGUAAUCCACAUUUAACAGGGAUAUGGGCCGGUAGUUCUUAAGCUGUGUCUUUUCAGUCUCAGCCUUUGGUAUAAGUGUAAUAAAUGCGUCUUUCCACGACUCUGGCGCUCUUUUCCCCUCUAAAAUUUCAUUACAAACCUCAGUUAAUGGUCGAAUUAACCAGUCUUUCAAAGUUCUGUAAUAUUUUGAGGUUAAACCAUCCGGUCCUGGAGAUUUUCCCAACUGCAUAUUCUGAAUGGCACCUUCAACCUCCUGUUCUGUAAUUUUAUAAUUCAACAAUAUCUUGUUAUCCUGAGAAAUUUUUUGUAAUCCAUUGGUUUUCAAAAAUUGCUCUAUCUCAAAUUCUUUCUGAGGCCCUUGUGUGUAUAAUUGUUUAAAAUAUCUCUGGAAGCAUUUCCUAAUUUCUUCUGGAUUCUGGAUAUUUUUCCCUUCCACUUCCAAAUUAGUAAUAGUAUUAAGUUUUUGUCGUUUCUUCAACUGCCAAGCCAGCAGUUUCCCACAUUUAUUUGCCGAUUCAAAAGUCUUUUGUCUCAUUUGUUUAAUUUUCCAUUCCACUUCUUGAUUUAUCAAUUUCAUAUAUUGCACUUGGUACAAUUUUAUUUCCCUCAGAAUCUCUUGUGAAUUGGGCUUCACUCUCAAUUUCUUCUCGCCCUCCUUUAUUUUUUCCAGAAUUUUUUCUUUCUUUACGUUUUGGGCCUUCUUCUUAAUUGAAUUCUGUUGAAUCAGGAAGCCCCUCAUAACAGCUUUACUUGCAUCCCAGAUUACUCUUUUUUCUACAGUUGUAUUCAAGUUUAUCUCAAAAUAGUCCCUCAAUGUCUUUUGGGCCUUCUUAAUCACCUCUUGAUCUCUAAACAAGGUGUCAUUCAUCCUCCAUCGGAAGGAACCAAUAGAUGUUAACUUCAUCUCCAUUCUCACGGCGUUAUGGUCGGAGCAUGUUUUUGGGCAGAUCUCUACCUUCUUAACCUUGGGUGCCAGUCCUCUAGUAGUCCAGAUUUGGUCAAUUCUUGUCCAUGUCUUUUGGGCUUCAGAAAAGAAGGUUCCUUCUCUAUCAAGGGGAUUCUUAGUUCUCCAAAUGUCAAUCAAAUCCAUAUUGUCAGUUAGUUCAAAGAAUGUUUUCGGUAGUCUACCAUCUUUAGUAACUACCUCUCUUUGUGACUUGUCCAUAUUUGUAGAAACCACCCCAUUCAUAUCUCCCAUGAAAACAGUGUUAUAGUCCAUAUAGUCCAUCAAGGUCUCAUGCAACUUUUUGUAAAAUAUAGAUUUCCCCUCAUUUGGUGCGUAUACACCUACUAUCAAAAAUUUUUCUCCUUGUACUUGAAUUUCAAUUGCUAUAAACCUUCCUUGUUGAUCCUUAAAGACAAAUUUUGGUGAGAGGCUCUCCUUUGCGUAAAUUACCACUCCUCGUUUUUUAACUUUGUCUGAUGAAAUAAAUUCUUGGCCCAGUCUCUUAUUAAUCAAUAUUUUCCUGUGAAGCCUCAUCACAUGGGUUUCCUGUAAGCAAAUUAAGUCCAAUUGUUCUUUUUUAAGUAUAUGAAAUACUUUCCUCCUUUUUUCCGGAGAAUUCAGGCCACAAACAUUCCAAGUUAAAAGUUGCAGAGCCAUGAUGAUUUCUUUAUUUCCCUCCAACUGCUCCCAAUAACUCUUCUUCCUCUGUUGGUGGUUUCACCUUCUCUGUCUUAUCCUCUCCCAACGGUGGUAGUGUAAGAUCCAAUCCUGUUAAAGGGGCUUCUGGCUCCAAUCCUUUUUGUAGGUCCUCUUGGUAGUCUCUCAAAAAGUUCUGUUUCUCCUCCACAGAUUUUAUUUUAAUUUUCUUGCCUUUAAAACUGAAAGAUAGGCCUUGAGGGAACUCCCACCUGAAAAAAAUUCGAUUUCCUCUCAGCAACGUCACCAGGUCCCGAUAGUUAGACCUAAGCUCCAAAAGGAGCUUUGGAAUGUCUUUGAAUAUUUCUAUCCUUGAGUCUUGUAUUGUCAGUGUAUUUCGAUAAUGUAGGCUCAAAAUUUUAUCUCGUUCCUCUUUUGAUCGCAAGGUAAUCAGGCAGUCUCUCACUCUAUUUUUUCUUGCUCUUCUUCCAAGCCUAAAAGCAGACGUUAUCUUAAAAUCUUCCUUAUCAUUCAAUUGCCAAAAAUUGGCAAAUUCUUGUGUCAAAAAGUCUGCCAGGCUCUCUUUCUCAAUCUCAGGUACUGCUCUGAUCCUUAAAUUGGUCUGUUUCUCCUUUAACUCAAGGACAGAUAGCAGUUCCUGGUGCGUUCCCAAUCUUAUAUGGUGCUCUUCAACUUGUUUAAUUAAAGGUGGUAAUUUUUCUUCAGCAGCUACCGCCUUUUCUCUAGCUUCCAAAGCUGUUUUUUGGGUUCCUUUUGGUGAACCGACCUCCCCACUUCACCAAGGAUUCCCUGUCCGAGCUGCUUCAGGUCGUGGCGGAUUUUCUCCUGGAGACACCUAGUUUGGUUGUCCUAGGGGAUUUUAACAUCCAUGCCGACACGACCUUACAAGGGGCUGCUCGGGACUUCGUGGAAAGCAUGGCCUCCAUGGGGCUGUCCCUGAAUAAGUUUGGCCCAACUCAUAGUCAUGGACAUGCCUUAGACCUGGUGUUCACCUCUAGUGACGUGGGUGAUCUGACACUAAGUAAAAGUGAAACAAAAGAAGUGCCAUGGUCAGAUCACUUCCUGGUGCAACUGGACUUCUCCGCGACCCUUACCCUCUGCAGGGAGGUGGGACCAAUUCGGAUGGUCCGCCCCCGCCACUUAAUGGAUCCAAAUGGUUUCCAUCGACCAUAACAUCCUUCUGGACCGUCUAGAGGAGCUGGGAGCGGGGGCACUGUUAUACAGUGGUUUCGCUCCUUCCUCCUGGGCCGUGUUCAGAAAGUGGUGGGGGGGGGAUGAGUGUUCAGACCCCUGGGCCCUCACUUGUGGGGUGCCUCAGGGUUCCGUCCUCUCCCCAUGCUUUUUAACAUCUAUAUGAAGCCGCUGGGAGAUAUCUUCUGGGGUUUGGACUGGGUGUCCAUCAAUAUGCAGAUGAUACCCAGCUCUACCUCUCUUUCAAAUCAGAACCAGUGAAGGCGGUGAAGGUCCUGUGUGAGUGUCUGGAGGCAGUUGAAGGAUGGAUGGCGGCUAAUGGAUUGAAGUUGAAUCCUGACAAGACAGAAGUACUGUUUUGGGGGGACAGGGAGCGGGCUGGUGUGGAGGACUCGCUGGUCCUGAAUAGGGUAACUGUGCCCCUGAAGGACCAGGUGCGCAGCCUGGGAGUCAUUUUGGACUCACAGCUGUCCAUGGAGGCGCAGGUCAAUUCUGUAUCCAGGGCAGCUGUCUACCAACUCCACCUGGUACGCAGGCUGAGACCCUACCUGCCCGCGGACUGUCUCGCCAGAGUGGUGCAUGCUCUAGUUUUCUCCCGCUUGGACUACUGCAAUGCGCUCUACGUGGGGCUACCUUUGAAGGUGACUCGGAAACUACAACUAAUCCAGAAUGCGGCAGCUAGACUGGUGACUGGGGGGCGGCCGCCGAGACCACAUAACACCGGUCUUGAAAGACCUACAUUGGCUCCCAGUACGUUUCCGAGCACAAUUCAAAGUGCUGGUGUUGACCUUUAAAGCCCUAAACGGCCUCGGCCCAGUAUACCUGAAGGAGCGUCUCCACCCCCAUCGUUCUGCCUGGACGCUGAGGUCCAGCGCCGAGGGCCUUCUGGUGGUUCCCUCAUUGCAAGAAGCAAAGCUACAGGGAACCAGGCAGAGGGCCUUCUCGGUAGUAGCGCCCGCUCUGUGGAACGCCCUCCCAUCAGAUGUCAAAGCGAUAAAUAACUACCUGACAUUUAGAAGACAUCUUAAGGCUUCAGGGAAGUUUUUAAUCUGUGAUAUUUUACUGUAUUUUUGGUUUCUAUGGAAGCCGCCCAGAGUGGCUGGGGAAACCCAGCCAGAUGGGCGGGGUACAAAUAAAUUAUUAUUAUUAUUAUUAUUAUUAUUAUUAUUAUUAUUAAUAAUAAUAAGCAGGGAGACAAUAUACAGCUUUGUUGUACUCCUUUCCCAAUUUUGAACCAAUCAGUUGUUCCAUAUCCAGUUCUAACUGUUGCUUCUUGUCCCACAUAGAGAUUUCUCAGGAGACAGAUGAGGUGAUCAGGGACUCCCAUUUCUUUAAGAACUUGCCAUAGUUUGCCGUGGUCGACACAGUCAAAGGCUUUUGCAUAGUCAAUGAAGCAGAAGUAGAUGUCUUUCUGGAACUCUCUAGCUUUCUCCAUAAUCCAGCGCAUGUUUGCAAUUUGGUCUCUGGUUCCUCUGCCCCUUCGAAAUCCAGCUUGCACUUCUGGGAGUUCUCGGUCCACAUACUGCUUAAGCCUACCUUGUAGAAUUUUAAGCAUAACCUUGCUAGCAUGUGAAAUGAGUGCAAUUGUGCGGUAGUUGGAGCAUUCUUUGGCACUGCCCUUCUUUGGGAUUGGGAUGUAGACUGAUCUUCUCCAAUCCUCUGGCCACUGCUGAGUUUUCCAAAUUUGCUGGCAUAUUGAGUGUAGCACCUUGACAGCAUCAUCAUUUAAAAUUUUUAAUAGUUCAGCUGGAAUAUCAUCACUUCCACUGGCCUUGUUAUUAGCAGUGCUUUCUAAGGCCCAUUUGACUUCACUCUCCAGGAUGUCUGGCUCAAGGUCAGCAACCACACUACCUGGGGUGUAAUUCCUCUGUGUAUUCUUGCCACCUCUUCUUGAUGUCUUCUGCUUCUGUUAGGUCCUUUCCACUUUUGUCUUUUAUUAUGGUAAUCUUUGUACGAAAUGUUCCUUUCAUAUCUCCAAUUUUCUUGAACAGAUCUCUGGUUUUUCCCAUUCUAUUGUUUUCCUCUAUUUCCUUGCAUUGCUCGUUUAAGAAGGCCUUCUUGUCUCUCCUUGCUAUUUUUUGGAAAUCUGCAUUCCAUUUCCUGUAUCUUUCACUAUCUCCCUCGCAUUUUGCUUGCCUUCUCUCCCCCGCUAUUUGUAAGGCCUCGCUGGAUAGCCACUUUGCUUUCUUGCAUUUCCUUUUCGUUUUAGUUGCUGCCUCCUGUAUAAUGUUACUAGCCUCCAUCCAUAGUUCUUCAGGCACUCUGUCCACCAAAUCUAAAUCCUUAAACCUGUUCCUCACUUCCACUGCGUAUUCAUAAGGGAUUUGACUUAGAUUGUAUCUUACCGGCUCAGUGGUUUUUCCUACUUUCUUCAGUUUAAGCUUGAAUUUUGCUAUAAGAAGCUGAUGAUCUGAGCCACAGUCCGCUCCAGGUCUUGUUUUUGCUGACUGUAUAGAGCUUCUCCACCUUUGGCUGCAGAGAAUAUAAUCAAUCUGAUUUCGAUGCUGCCCAUCUGGUGAUGUCCAUGUGUAAAGUCGUCUCUUGUGUUGUUGGAAAAGAGUGUUUGUGAUGACCAGGUUGUUCUCUUGGCAGAACUCUAUUAGCCUUUGCCCUGCUUCGUUUUGAACUCCAAGGCCAAACUUGCCAGUUGUUCCUUUUAUCUCUUGACUCCCUACUUUAGCAUUCCAAUCCCCUAUAAUGAGAAGAACAUCCUUCUUUGGUGUCAUUUCUAUAAGGUGUUGUAAGUCUUCAUAGAAUUGGUCAAUUUCAGUUUCUUCAGCACCAGUGAUUGGUGCAUAAACUUGGAUUACUGUGAUGUUAAAAGGUCUGCCUUGGAUUCGUAUCGAGAUCAUUCUAUCAUUUUUGAGAUUGCAUCCCAGUACACCUUUCGCCACUCUUUUGUUGACUAUAAGGGUCACUCCAUUUCUUUUACGGGUUUCUUGCCCACAGUAGUAGAUAUGAUGGUCAUCUGAACUGAAUUCACCCAUUCCCGUCCAUUUUAGUUCACUGAUUCCCAGGAUGUCAAUAUUUAUUCUUGCCAUCUCAUUUUUGACCACAUCCAACUUACCAAGGUUCAUGGUUCUUACAUUCCAGGUUCCUAUGCAAUAUUUUUCUUUACAGCAUUGGACUUUCCUUUCGCUUCCAGGCAUAUCCGCAACUGAGCGUCCUUUCGGCUUUGGCCCAGCCGCUUCAUCAGCUCUGAAUCUACUUGUACUUGUUCUCCGCUCUUCCUCAGUAGCAUGUUGGACGCCUUCCAACCUGAGGGGCUCAUCUUCCAGCGUCAUAACUUUUAUAUGCCUGUUGCCUUUGUCCGUGGAGUUUUCUUGACAGGGAUACUGGAGUGGCUUGCCGGUUCCUGCUCCAGGUGGAUCACGUUUGAUCAAAACUCUCCACUAUGACCUGUCCAUCUUGGGUGGCCCUGCACGGCAUACCUCAUAGCUUCUCUGAGUUAUUCAAGCUCCUUCACCACGGCAAGGCAGUGAUCUAUGAAGGGGACCGAUAGCUUAGCCGCUGUAAUAGAUUGAACUGGGAAAAGGAGAACACCGCUGAGCCGGUUAUAUCUUCAAAGUGGUGUAAUUAAUCAGAUUAGGCUAAUCUGGAGAAGACCACAAGGGAAGAACCUGGCGAUUGGGCAGAAUAAUGGCGUAUGAAAUUCGGCUCUUGCUGAUGUGAUUUAUGCAGUCGGCUGGGGUGAGGUCACACCGCUCAGAAACUUGCUUUCUCUUUGGCCCGUGGGAACUCCGGUUUGCAUUGCGACACCUUCCGUGGAACUGUCGCCUGAUUCUUGGUUGCGUAAUCGUUUCCUGUGAAUUUAGAAGCAGCUACUCUGUGCUUGACAAAACCCUUUGCAUGUCCGUCCCCCCCCCCCCAAUCUCCAUUCGGUUCAGGCCGUGGACCGUUGAGUAUGAAGUCAGCCUGCGACUUUGAAGCCAAGUGUCAGUGCAAAAGCAAGUCCUUAUUUCUAUACAGAAUAGUGUGGGUGGGGAAACAACCUCUUUCAGCUCUGGCAGGCAACUUGUGGCAGGCAUGUUGCAGCCUUCAUUUUACCCUUCUCCCAAGCAAGAAGAGAGAGACAAUGAAUGAAUGGUGGGAGAAAGAAGGGGUGCCUUGUCCACUUUUUGCUUUGCCCCAACAGCCACAGUGGACACACUGCAUCCAUAUCACUUUCCCCCCUCUCCCCAGCGAAAUGCAGCCCCCAACCUCAAAAAGAUUGCUCACGGCCGACUUCCAGCUCUUUCGGUGAUAUGCUGUCCUAUAAACGCUCCUUUUGUGCUCUCAGACAUCUCGUAGGAAGCCUCCUUAUGAUUUUCUGUUUUUUAAAAAAUAAAAUAAAGAAAUGGGAGAGAGGAUUAGAUAGAACAGUUUACUACCUUUCACCUUUCCAUUGAAGGCAGUACUGCUGUCUCUGGAGGCUACUUCCUGAUUGGGUAGUGCUGGCAUAGGAAGACUGGAGCUGGAUGGAAGACUUGGCUUAAAAUAGGUUGAAAACACACACACACGCGCAGAGGCAUCAUGAAGUCCACAAAGCUGAACGGUGGAAGACAUAGACCUGUAUGUCCUGCCCAAUGCGCCCAGUUGAAAAGGGCAAAUGUCCACACAGGUCAUCCUGAAAUGACAAUAGCCAGCUGAAUGCUUUUUCUAGAAAUUUUGGGCCAGUCGCCUUUUCCCUUUGGCCUUCCGCUGCUCUGUUUGUGUGCACAAGAGUUUCAAGUUGCUGUGUAGAUCAGCAGAAUCUUCUUGGUUAGGGUAGUAUGCAUACAUAUUUCUUAAUAUAUAAACAUCCUGUAUACCGCGUGGGGUGGGAGUGCCGAUGGGGAAAUAAGACAAGCUGGAACGCAGCAGAUCAUUGUAUGAGUAGAAACCUGCUCUGUGCCCCCUCUGACUGUUCGACGUGGAUUGCUUGUGUGUCUUGUGUUUUCUAAAUGCUUGUCAGACAUUCCUGCCUCCCUGACCUAGGAAGUUGUCCCGCUUGCACAAGGACUUCUGUUUGUGCUGUCAAACGUUCCCUCCUUCUCUCCUCCCUGCGACCCCUACAGAUCCACUGCAGAGGGGUAGGGGAGCCCCCAGAACAGAUUCGGAGGGCACAUGGUGGGGAGAAGGGCUGCAGUGGAAGUCCUUGCACAAACAGGAUGACAGUUCUUUGGAUGUGACACCCGCUUCCCAUGCAACAUGGGUGUUGCUUUAAUCCAGGGCAAAAACGAUCUGAGUGCUUUCUUCAUAGAAAUAAUAGCAUCACAGAGUUGGAAAGGGAUGGCAGGGGGUCAUCUAGUCCAAGCCCCUGCAAUGCAGGAAUCUUUUUGCCCCGCGUGGGGCUCGAACCCACAACCCUGAGGUUCAGAGUCCCAUGCUCUGCAAACUGAGCUAUCCUACCUGCUUCGUGUUUAUUGCAUGCGGCCUGUGUGUCAUGAGCCCCAUGGAAGCUUCUUGGCAGGGUGAAGAGGAAUGGGAUGGAAGUGCUGAGCUUUGAUGGAGGGGAGGGACUGAGUAGUUUUUUCUGGACAUCCUCCUCCUCGCCUCCUGAUACUGCUGUUUCCGCAGCAACCAGGGAGGCACUUGGGCCUGGACCGGCUGGGUAGAGCUCACCUUUGUCUCCAAGGAGCUGCUGCCAGAUGCUCAGGUUCUAACAGACCCAGCUUACUCUCAGGAGCGCCCUGCUUGCUUGCCUAGUCCCAUUUCUUGGGACCCGAAAUGUGUGAAUCAUUGGUCCCACCCUGCUCUUCAAAAGGAAGGGGGGUGUCCAAUGCCUUGGCGUAUGCCAGUCUGGACUUCUCCUGUGACUAAUUGCUGUAGGUUCAUGGCAUCAUUAAAGGUAAAGGGACCCCUGACCAUUAGGUCCAGUCGUGGCCAACUUUGGGGUUGCGGUGCUCAUCUCGCUUUAUUGGCCGAGGGAGCUGGCGUACAGCUUCUGGGUCAUGUGGCCAGCAUGACUAAGCUGCUUCUGGCGAACCAGAGCAGCACACGGAAACGCUGUUUACCUUCCCCCUGGAGCGGUAGCUAUUUAUCUACUUGCAGUUUGACGUGCUUUCAAACUGCUAGGUUGGCAGGAGCAGGGACCGAGCAACAGGAGCUCACCCCGUCGCGGGGAUUCGAACCGCCGACCUGCUGAUCGUUAAGUCCUAGACUCAGUGGUUUAACCAACAGCGCCACCCGCGUCCCCAUGGCAUCAUUAAGUUGGCAUAAAUUGAUAAAAAGUAUAUGUCCCUCAACGAGCUAUCUUGACCAUGGUGCUAGUUCUUAAAUUUAAAAUGCUUAGAAUUGAAAUCUUAAGUUACAAAUAUUCAGUUCCGACACCUCUUUUUAUGUUCUUGUUCUGAGCAAAGGAAUUGCAUAUAAUCGGUUUCUGAGCAGGGCUGUUUGUAUUCCUUUCUGCUGCAGUCAUGGCAUGCAGGCGCAGAAAAGAAGUAUUCACUGUCCUGGGAAUUUCAGCUUUUCAUCUUAAAUAUUUUAGCACUCAAGGUUGCAGGAAGAGAGCUGGAAAUGCAUCAGACUUGAUGAAAUUGGGGGGGGGGGGACUGGGGAAGGAAUAGGGCUGCAGUUGAACAGGAUUUUGAAUCAAUCCUGGAGAUUGCUAUCCUUUCCCCUACAACAGCAGAAUAAUAAAUUGUGCAGAAUGACAUGCAUAUCCAAAUAUUAUUAAACUGCAUGAAUGUAUGCAGGUUGCAAGAUUCUGUGUGUAAGUGGCAUAGAGGGGUGAGAAUAUUUUCCCUCCCCCCCAAAAAAUAAUUGUGCAAAAUACACACUUUCCUGCGUCCUGACAAUGUAAAAUGAACUUCAGAGCCAUAAUGUACAGUGGUACCUGGGGUUAAGUACUUAAUUCGUUCUGGAGGUCUGUUCUUAACCUGAAACUGUUCUUAACCUGAAGCACCACUUUAGCUAAUGGGGCCUCCUCCUGCUGCCGCCGCGUCGCCACCGCGCGAUUUCUGUUCUCAUCCUGAAGCAAAGUUCUUAACCCGAGGUACUAUUUCUAGGUUAGCGGAGUCUGUAACCUGAAGCAUCUGUAACUUGAAGUGUAUGUAACCCGAGGUACCACUGUAUACUAAUGGCCAGUUGCUCAAGCGGUUUUUGAAGGGGCUUCAGCAAAUUUGUGGCCCUCAGCCAACAUAGUUCAAUGGAACCUCCAUGACCAAACAUAGUGUAGCUUUCGAAAUUGGUUGCUACAGAACAAAGUGUUUGUGGAUGUCUUCACACCCGGCUGGCAGUGAGUUUCCCAGCUGUAUCAUGGGUCCCUCAGCCCCAUCAGGAUUUGGCAUGGUUUGGCAGCCUCAGCCAGAAGGAGCAGAUGGGGGGAGGGGGCUGGAAGUCUGGGACCCAGGCGUGGAGGAGAGCUGGAAACAAAGGGGCAGGAUGCAGUCUUGUCGCUGAGAACCAGGCAUCUAGGUGCGAUCAGACGCGCUUACCCAGAUCACAGUGCGUGUGUGUGUCUUUCGGCAGCAGACCUGUAGGGUGAGAGAGUCUCAUGAGUGAGCAAGCACAGCCUCAUCUUGAAAUCCCUUGUGGGAGGGUGUUAGUCGUCAGCACAUCUUUGUAGCUGCAGUUGGGUUAGGAACUUCUCGCCUUGCUCAUUUACUUUCGAACAGGGUUAGAAACUCAGAUAUAUAAACUAAUAUAUAAGGCCCUGACACUGAGGUCCAGCUCCGAGAGCCUUCUGGCAGUUCUCUCACUGCGAGAAGUGAAGUUACAGGGAACCAGGAAAGUGGGCCUUCUCGGUAGUGGCGCCCUCCCAUCAGAUGUCGAGGAGAUAAAUAACUAUACGACUUUAGAUGACAUCUGAAGGCAGCCCUGUAAAGGGAAGUUUUUAGUGCCUGGUGUUUUAUUAUGCUGUCAUAUUUGUUGGAAGUUGCCCAGAGUGGCUGGGGCAACCCUGUCAGUUGGGUGGGGUACAAAUAAUAAAAUUAUUAUUAUUAAUCGUCAAAUGGCACCUUAAACCUAGGUUACAGCCACCACAAUGUCUAGGCGUCUUUUUUUUUGCAGUGGGAAUGAUGAUGCUUAAUAGAAUCAGACCCCUCCAUGUUGUUGUUGUUGUUGUUGUUGUUGUUGUUGUUAUACAUCUCUAUAUUUCUCAUUUGUUUUACACUAAAAUUUUAGGACCAGUUUUGUAUAUGUGUGUGUUUUAUUAAAUAUUAAAAGACAGAAAUUUACAGUACUUUCUGAAAUCUUAAUUUACCUAGGAUGGACUGAACUUUUUUGCAAUUCCUUUCAUAUGGAACAGGGAGCAUGCUUGUUUUCUCCUGCUCUUGAGGGUAGGACUCAAGGCAUUGCCUUCAAGUUACAACAAAGGAGAUUCUAACUAAACAUUCGGAAAAAAAUUCUGACAGUAGGAACUGUUCAGCAGUGGAACGGACUCCUGUGAGAGGUGAUGGACUCUCCUUCCUUGGGGGUUUUUAAGCAGAGGUUGGAUGGUCAUCUGUCAUGGAUGCUUUAGUUGAGAUCCCUGCAUUGCAGGGGGUUGGACUAGAUGACCCUUGGGUCCCUUCCAACUCCUAUGUUUUUAUGAAUUUUGGGCCAGUGGCUCUCUUAACUGGAUAGCCUUUCUUAAAAACAACAACAACAACACAUUAGCACCCAUUUUACUCUCCAUUCUCAGAAUAACAAUAAACAUAUUCCUCUCCCCACACAGGAGCAUACAUAAAGAAAAAAACUUAAAAACAUUUGUAUUGAUUAGUCAAACCACUUCAUCAGUAGAAUAAAAAUAUCAUUCUGCAGAUCCUUGCAGGUUGCGGGUAGCCUAUAACCAUGCUUUUCCAUUGCCGCAUAAUAAAUAAAUUUGUAUCGUUGAGUAAAAUGUAUAAUAAUAAUAUUAAUGAUAAUAAUAAUGAUAAUUUUUAUUUAUACCCCACCCUCCCUGGCCAAAGCUGGGCUCAGGGCGGCUAACACCAAUAAAAUCACAGUAAAAACGUAAGGGGGGGGGGGAGAAAAAAAAACAAUUUAAAAUGCAGGUUAAAAUGCAAUUUAAAAUGCAGCCUCAUUUUAAAAGUAGCCGAUAGAUCAAGACCAUAAGGGGAGGGAAACAUAAGGGUCAGACCGAGUCCAAACCAAAGGCCAGGCAGAACAGCUCUGUCUUGCAGGCCCUGCGGAAAGAUGUCAAGUCCCGCAGGGCCCUAGUCUCUUGUGACAGAGCGUUCCACCAAGUCGGGGCCAGUACUGAAAAGGCCCUGGCUCUAGUUGACAGGGCAUACCAGGAGAGGCGGUCCCGUAGGUACGUGGGUCCUAGGCCGCCUAGGGCUUUAAAGGUCAAAAGCAGCACCCUUUCAAAAACAACAACAACAACGGAGCACGAAACCAAGCAGUUUAAAAAGAAGUUGCUGUUGAUGUAAUUUAUAUGUUGCCUUGUUAGCUCUGGAAAGGUGAACUUUGUCAAUGGGCUGAAUGGAGCUAAGUCGAGUUUAGGAGUUAAACGGUCCCCGUCUUGCUUCCUAGGUGGAGCCGUGGCUCAGCAAGUUCCCGUGCAAGCCAUCCAGGUGCAUCAGCAGACGUCUCCCACAACUGACAGCAGUACUGACCUCACCCAGACCUCUUCCAGCGGGACAGGUAAGCAGCCACCAAAUCUCUUGCUGCCACAUAACUCUGGGUAGGGAACGGGGAACUCUCAUUUCUACCAGGGCCAUUGACUCACAGACGACGACAACAACAACGUGUGGCCGUCCUGCCUUAGUACCCCUGGGCUUCCAUCCCUUGGUGGCUGUCUCCUGUGGUCACCAGUCAGCUGACCUCUGUCUCUCCUAUCAGUGGAUUGCUGUUGUUUGAAACACCUCCCAGCCACGGUGCCCAGCCAAUCGGGAGAGACCAGUGGGGGAGAGCACAUGCUAUUGGGCUCCACUGCCUAAGAACCCCCGCCCAACCUAGACCUAGGCCUUUUAGGGUUGCCAUAUGUCCUCUUUUUCCAGGACAUGCCCUCUUUUUCAUUGGUAUGUAAAAUGAGAGUCGCCGUUGCGAUCUAUAGUUAGAAGAAGAAGUCGGCAGAUGUGUCCUUUUUUUUGCUCUUCAAAAUUUGGCAACCCUACCUUUUUAUCCAGGGAAGGGGUUGAUGCCCAAAGUGGCUUUCUUCAGCCUUGCUUCCCUGAAUGCCAUUGGACUACAACUCCCAUCAUCCAUGACCUGCGGCUGAGCUGGCAGGGGAUGCUGGGGGUUGUAGUCAAACAACGCACAAGGAGGACCCAAGCUUGAAGAACUGUGACCUUAAUGGUUUUCUCUCUCUCCCUCCACCUGGCAAAGUCUGUUACCCAAACAGUUAGUGAGGCUGGAGUCUUCCAGCUACCCAUGUGGCCUGGAUGAAAUGAAGUGGCAGGAUAAAUCUGGCCCAUGCUUGUUCUAGGCCUUGCAAGGCUUUCCUUUCACCCACACCUACAUCCUUCCAAUUGAACCUUCUGGUUCUGACUUGCAGUUGUGUAGAUUUGCAGUCCGUAUGCCCUGCCUGGGCUUAUUGAGUGCUGUUGCAGAGGCACCUGAGCUCCCCUCCCCCCUUUGCUUGCACAGCUAGCUCCCUGCAAUCGGAGCUUCUUUUAAAGAUCAUUCUUGUCCCAAGCACUGCUCUGCGCAAAAGUAUAUCAUUGCUUACAAGGUCACUGUCUCCUUCGAGUUCAGCAGACCCUUGUGUAGUCAGUGCUGAUAGGCCAGCAGGAGAAUGCUUGAGAAACUUAGAGGAAAGUAUUUGUUCUAAUAUAGUGUUACUCUAGUGCCAUCUAGUGGGUGGUAGUUUGCAUAUAUGCAUGCAUAUAUCUAUAUCUAUAUAUGUAUAUGUAUGUAUAUGUAUAUGUAUAUGUGUGUGUGUGUACACACACACACACACACACACACACACAGUGUCAUACCUCUUGUUACGUUUGGUUCAGGAAACAUCUUUUCAGGUUGCGUCCCGUGGCGACCUGGAAGUAACGGAACUGGUUACUUCCGGGUUUCGUCACUCGCGCAUGCGCAGAUGCUCAGAAUGACGUCAUGCGCAUGCACAGAAGUGACGCGCAGACGCGGGUUCCGUUCUGCUCAUGAUGCGAACAGGGCUCCGGAACAGAUCCCGUUCGCAACCAGAGGUACCACUGUAUACACACACACGCACACAGUGAUGCCUCAUGUUUAGUCUGGCUCGUCGAGCGUCCAUUUUGUCGAACGUCCGUGGCAAACCUGGAAGUACUGGAACGGGUUACUUCCGGGUUUGCCGCAUGUGCAGAAGUUCUAAAUUGCGCUUUGCGCAUGCACAGAAGCACUGGCACUUUGUCCUGUGUCCUUUUUGUCUAGCGUCCAGGGCUCCGAAACGGAUCCCGGUCGCAAAUCAAGGUCCGACUGUAUACACACACACACCAACUUUCUAUUCAAAGGAGUUCUAUCACGGCUGUUUCCAAACCAGCCCAAUUCCUAUUUCAGGGCUACUUUGUACAUUGCCUGGUAGCAAAGUGGGGUUUGCCACUGACAGUACUCUCAGCAGAGAGUUGCAGGCAGUCCCAAUUUCCUGAUGAGGACCCCUGCAUGGCACAUGAAUAUAUGAAAACAAACCAGAAAUACUGGGGCCCUUCCUCCCAAAAAAGUAGGUGAAAACCCGGGGGUUUUCCAUUGAAAAAAAAGGUGGGGUGGGGGACCCUUGAAAAAUGAGAGGGGACAGCUCCCCUCAAUCUUUCCACAUGUUUUCAAGGCCUUCACAUCUCUAUGUGUGUCUCGCACAUUCCUUAUUUGUCUUUAGGUGUACACUUUAACAUACCCCUAACAAAGCAUAAUGUAUAGGAGUGUGGUUGUUAUUGUUUUUGCAAAAUUUGAGAGCUGGCUGGAUUUUCCAGCAGCCGGCUCAAAGAGAAGGAGACCUACAUGUGCAGAGAAGUGCAUCUUGUUCUCAGCAGUGUAUUCCAGUUGUCUUGGCGCUGACGUGUGCUCAUGUGCAUAACCCCUGUUCCCCCCACAUGCCAGCCAUGACAUCUGUUUUCUGGCAGAUGUUGGGAAGCCCUGAAAGAAUUGAACUUCCUAUGUCAGCUUAAUCCUGUGUAAAGCAAAUGCAUGCAAUGAGCUGGCGAUGGACCUCGGAAUCCCACUGUGAGGUUUUCAAGCAAUUGCUUGAUUGGCUGCAUGCAAAAAUCCUCACUGGUUUUGCAUCUUAAAAACAAGCAAGAUAACGGACUGAGGCUGAUGCAGCACGGGGGACUGAGGCAUUGUGGGUGUGGUGCCAUCUAUUAUUAUUUUUAAAUAUAUCUUUAUUAAUUUAAAAUAAAUAAAUUUAUGAGAAAACAGACAUACAUACAAGUAAACAAACAUACAAUCAAACAAACAAAUAACAGAAAAAUCAAACCACCACACUGUAAGGUACAAGAAGAUUAAUAUAAUUGUCAUCAUAUAUACUCCUGAUACUGAACACAAUUAUAAAACUUAUAGAGAAAAAAUUUAUAACUGACUUCCAAUUAAUCUCACUGUACUUUAUCUAUCCAUUACUUUAUACCGCACAUUUACACAUUUCUUAUAUUAUUUCUUUUUACCUCCCUGCGAACUUAUAUUUAUACAAUACAGGGAUCAGUCUAAUUCUGCCAAGAUGUUUCCUUUUAUUCCAUAGUUUUCUAAAUAUUCUUAAAGAUUCCCCAAUCCUUACAGACUUUUUGUUUUGAUUGGCCUCUCACUCCUCCUGUUGCUUUCGCUAGCUGCAGAUAUUUUACCAUUAGGAUUUGCCAAUCUUCCGUGUUGGGUAUUGUUGUGUUUUUCCAAUUUCUUGCUACUAAAAUUCUGGCCGCCGUUAUUCCAUACAUGAACAAUUGUGCCUUGCCCCCCCGCUUCUUUUGCCAGUGACCCUGCCAGCUACGAUCAUGACUUCGUCCGUGCCAACCACCGUAGGCGGCCAUAUGAUGUACCCCAGUCCUCACGCAGUGAUGUACGCGCCUACGUCAGGCCUGACAGAUGGUGGCCUUGCAGUUCUCAAUGCCUUCUCCCAGGCACAAUCUGCAAUGCAGGUUUCACACGGCCAGGUCCAGGAUCAGGGUAAGACUGGAGGCAGACUUUUCCUUUACGUAGAAUGCUCUUAUCACACUUCUGUAGCUUCAAAGGGCUCUCAAAGCAGCUUGCGGAACAUUCUCGAAAUAAAAUGCGUCAAUCUAGUACAGCAGCAGGUGUCGCUUGGUGUCCGCGACUAGGUUAGAACGACAGCUCUCCCCAAAAUCGUCUGAAGGGUGUGGGGCUGAGCUGUUGUGUCUUGCUCACCUCAUGAUGAAAUCCGUCUUCCCUGAUGCACAAUGGUGCUUCUGAAAGAGUGAACGAUCUUCAUUCUGCCAUGUGUUGCGUUCCUCAGAGCAAAGACAGACAGACAGACAGACAGACAGACAGACAAAUAGAUAGAUAGAUAGAUAGAUAGAUAGAUAGAUAGCACCAGUAAUGUGCAUGGUGUUUUACCGAGUAGAAGAGCACAGCACUCUGCCCUGAGGAGCUUACAAUCUAAAAUUUGAACCAGAGGAAGGGGAAGAAAGUGGGGUCAAGGGAAUACACAGGAAAGAAUGUGUGAUUAUUUAAGUUACAUCUGCUCAGGGUAAGUUGGGUUUGGAAAGAGAUAUGAGGAUAAUUCCAGAGAGGAAGAUUUGAGAAGGGUGAAAAGGAGCAGCUACAUGUCUUUGAUGCAUAGCUCAGUGGCAGAGUGCAUGUUUUGCAGAAGGUCCCGAAUUUGUAGUUACCUGUAGGGAACUCAGGUACCAGUUUGUAAGAAAGACCUCUGCUGGAGACAUGUCAGAGCUGCUUGCUAGUAAGUAGGGUUGCCAUAUUUGAAACAGUGAAAAUCGGGACAGAAAAGUUGUUGAGCUUUUUUCAACAACAACAAACCAAUGGAGCUGCUCUAUAUAUUUUAAUACUUAAGCUUUAUCAAAAUAUAUACACAUUUCUAUUUCGGUGAGCCUCCAUCCUGCAUUUCAGCAGGAGAUUUGGUGAUCACUGCUUUUAUAAAGCAUAUUUAGGACAGCUUUUGUUCAAUAGAACAUUGUUUGCUCUCUUUGAAACGACUCGUUUUGUUUCUAGCUUUAAUGAUAUUGGUUCUGGGUUUAUUUUCGUUUAUGCCACUAUGAUUACACCUGAAUUGUUCUGGAUCAUUUGAAGGUGGUGCUGUUGGCACUGUUAGUUUUGGAUAGUGGCUAAUGGCACACUUGUGAUUUUUUUCUUUGGCAGGUGGAGUCCCUCAGGUGUUCCUGACAGCACCAUCAGGAACAGUUCAAAUCCCAGUCUCAGCUGUCCAGCUUCACCAGGUUGGUUCGCCUUAGACUUAAACUUCCCCCAGACUGGGACUGCAGUCCUAUUGAACCUUAACGGAUUGUGCUUCUGAGGAAACGGGAUUGUGCUGUAAGGCUGGCUGUAAUUUUCUUUGCACCCUGUUGAACAUAUAGCAAGAUACACAGCUCCCAGGUCUGUUUCCCAAGUUGCCUUGUGUACUGAAUUGCAGCGGUCCCAUUUUGUUACAUUUCCCUAUUGUUUCAUUCAAGCUUCAAGACUCCUAGGGAUGGAAGCAGACAAUGGCCUGGUUCGCACAUAACACUAAGCCAAACUUAGUGUGAACAGGCAAGCGUGCUAAUGCAACAAUUAGACAAUCACAGCUGCUUUACUCCCCACUCCUGCUGCUACACUGCCAGGAGCUAAGUGUUACAGUCAGGCCUGGGUUUAUGAUUUAUCUCGCUCCAAACAAAGAAAGAGAAAACCAAGGUUUGUUCUAGGCUUACUGCUCUUGGAGUGUUUGGCAGCUACAAACCACAGUUAAACUAUGUGCUGUGUAAGUUCUUCCUUUUGUCUGUCCUCAAUCUUCCAACACUGGAUGGCCCUGAGUUAUAAUAUUCUGGGAGUGGGUUAUAAGCUUAUCUUCCUACAUUUUUCUCAGCAUACAUCAUCUGUCAUAUCCCUCAUUACUUGCCUUUUUUCCUAAAAGUAAAAAGCCCCAAAUUAUGUAACUUUUCCCUGUAGGGUAGUUGUUUCAUCCCCUUGAUCAUAUUGAUUGCUUUUUCUUCAUGUUUUGAUGAGUACAUCAUAUUUGCGUGAUCGUGUCUUGACUUACUAUUAUCCUGAGACACACACAAGCUUUGUAGUCCUUUCGCUUAUCCUUUGUCAUCAGGAAAUCCCUAAUUAACUUAGCUUUUCGUUUCAUCCAAACUGUGAAACUAUGGUUACUAGCAUUGGAAAAAAUCAGGAUCUUAAACCAAUUUCAAAAUGGUCUAAUAUCCUGACUUGUUCUGCAGCUGGUUACCAUAGUUUCCUGGUUUGGACAAAACAGGAAACUAUGGUUAGUUAGACACUUUCUGGUGUAAUUUCAGCCCACGCUAAAGAGAAGGGGCUUUGAGAUUUGAUAGUCUGAACCAGCUCUGAAUUCUGUUCAUACAAGAAAAUACCACCUUUAAGUAAAACAAAUCCAUGUAUAUUCUUCUCUGACUACUUUAAUAUGUGUACCUCCAUAUGGUGAAAUACUGAGAGAACCAUGUGAAAUUAGAAGCAAAUGGUGUGUUUCACGUGAUUGCAUCAGACAACCAGUCUGUCCUGUGACAGUUGAGGCCAUCAUGCAAUUGCAUUUCCUAAGCCAGUGUUUCCCGAUCUUCUGAAACCUGCGUUCCGAAUCUUCUUUUCUCGAUGAAGGCACACCUCAUUCUUACACUUGAAAGACAAAUUCACCAUCACUGCCUGCAACCAACUUUGUAUUUUAUAUGACUUCAUCGUUUUUAGUAUUAAGAUUUUUUUUUUAACUGCCUUGGAUUCCUUGGGAGAGGGAGGGGUGGUAUAUAAAUGUAGGAUUGAGACAAGUAAAAUAAGCAUGUGCUGUUUGAAUGCAAGCGCUCCUUUGCUUAACAGUUCUCCUUCGUUCUUUUGUCUCCCCAGAUGGCCGUAAUCGGGCAGCAGUCCAGCAGCAGCACCAACUUGACAGAGCUACAAGUGGUCAACUUGGACACGUCGCAUAGCUCCAAGAGUGACUGAGCAACUCUGGAGGUUGGGGGGCGGGAGGGGGAGAACCUGGGGGGCGGAAGGAGAGAGACAGAGGAGAAGGUGUGUCCCUGGCACCCAAACUUGCAGUGGCUGCCUCCAGUUUUUGAGGCCUGUGCCUGGCUCGAGGACCCGCGGCGCUCCCCAAAACUGCACCAGGAUCUCUGCGGUCCCUAUUUUUCUAUGGACUCUGUCACUUAUUUAUUGUUGCCUUUUUCACGUUUUCUUUCCUUUUCUCUCAACACUUCACACCGACACACACACGCACAAAUACACACACACACACACACACACACACACACACUCAAAACACAUAUUAAAAUGGCUGUUGAGGCCAGCGGCAGGGAGCUGAGCCUGGGCUGUAAGGGGGGGCGGGGGGGCGGUUUGCUUUGUUACCUUUGGACGCUGCAUAUACAGUGCUUUUAUUUGUGUGUGUGUGUGUUUGUUUGGUUUUGUUUUUCCCCUCCUCACUCCAGCCAAAGAAACGUGUCUCUUGUGGGUGGGGGAACUUUACUCUGCCAUGUGUAUAUAAUAUAUAGGAAGAAAACAACCCUCCUUCUGUCGUCGUCGCCAGAGCGGGAGUUCCUUCUCCCCCUCUCCGCAGUGUGUCCACGAACUUCGUCAGCUCACAGUCUCCAGCCUGAGCAGCCAAGACUGUGGCGGGGAGAUAAGCUGGAACGCAGAAGGGUCUGAAGCCAUCGUCAUCCAAAAGGGAGUCUCUUGUUUCUGCUGUCAUUUUAUUUUCACUUUUAACCUAUGCUGGAGCAAAGGGUCAUCUCUCUCUCUCCCCCUCACCCCCCACCCCCAUCACCCCAGGUUCAGGUUGUCCAGCUGGCUUGCAGCAAUGUGCCUUCAAGCAAAUCAGUGAUGCGUUGUGGCCUGGCCUCUGCACAGCGACCCUUGCCUCUUACGCUUGGCUUGCAAAGAGGGGUCGCUCCCGCCGGUGCCCUCCUUCUCCUUAGGCUCUGCUGUGGGUGGGUGAGGAGAGGCAAGAGCACAUUGGCAGCAACCCUGGAACCGUUCCUUCCCUCGAAGCUGGUGUUUGGUUGGUGAGAACCCACCGGCUUUAGGAGUACGUGCCCCGGGGGUGUGUGAGCGGGCAGCGGACACAUUUCACUGCCAGACAGGGCGCUUUUAAACACCGCCCUGCCCACUUCCUUGGGUCAUACCCAGCAACCCUUAAGCCCCAUCGUUGCAAUGGAAGCAUCCUCUCGGGCGAGCUUUGUUCGUUUUUGCAGAGGCUGCUCCUCUUGAGAAGGUCGAUGAGAUGAGCCACCGUCCUUUUUCUAAGUAAUCGGGGAGAAGGGUGUAAAGGAGCAGUGUCGGAAGCAGAGGGAAAGCUCUAUUUUUGUAAGUUUUGAACUCCACAGGCCUUCCCAAGACUGUUGUGCCCACGAUUGGAGACCUCUCACCCCAACGCUGAUCAGGUAGCCCCGAAAACAAGAUGAUUCGUCCCCUUGAAAGCGUGUUCCGCCUGCCUCUGCUGCUUCCGAGUCUGCCGUCCUCAGUUGGGACUGGGUAGGACUCAAGAGUGGUGGGAACGCACCUCCCCUGCAGGAGAAAGGCAGCGCCGGAUGAGUAAGGCGACAGCCGCCGUCGGGUCCUUGUGCUUUAGAAAAUUCCUUAUCGUGUAGAUCCGUGGUUCGGUGUCAGCAAAUGCAAAAAAACAAAAAGGGAAUAGCCGCAAGGGAGAUCGGGAAGGGCGUUGUGCUUCCAAUGGGAGGGGUGUGCAUGUGAUGAAGCUAUCCCAUUGGGGAAAGCACUCUGCCGUUGGAUACUUUUCUUGCCACACAAUCAUGCACUUCCUUUUAACCAAUCCAGAAGUGGCGCAGGAAAGGAAUUCUUCAUCCCCCUUCCACACACACACACAUACACACACGUACACAGACACAGGCCUACUUUGGAGCAAGGAGGCUGCAGACUUUUAGAGAAAGGAAGCAGCUGCUGUAACCUUUUUUUUAAACUAAAAAAGACAAAAGAAGCCUUUGGGGGGGCGGGAAAGGACUUUAUUUUUCUAAAUGUUAAACUCAGUAUUUAUGUAAUUCUCAAAGGAAUUAAAGUCUGGCUCCUGUACAGUUUUCAUGGGGUUUGUACUUGGGGAGCGGGUGGGUGGGGAAGAAAGGGCCAUGGGGUGGGGAGGAGGAAAGGGGCCUUUUAAAUUUGUAUUGUCACCUUUAUGAAAUUUCUUCCAUGAACAUUAGCGUUUAAGCUGGUCUCCUGCCUCAAGCACUUGGGUCAAGCUUGAUGGGAAGUCCUGACAGUGGAGGAAGGGAGACUUCCUUUUUAAGGUUUAUUUUCCCCUUUCCCAACUUUGCUUCCUUUGAAAUCUACGGAUGAAGGGCGGUAUACAAAUUUUAUUAAUAAUAAUAACAAUAAUGGAGUUGACCAUACUGUGGAAAUUAAGCCCAGCUCACUCACACCCGCUUAUGUCUUUUGGUAAAAUGGACUGUGUAACAUCUGGCUGCAAGGGGUGCCUCACAUUUCUCAGUACUCCCUUAAGAAACAAAGUCUCCACUCAAAACACAGAAUCAGCACAAUUUCUUCCCUGGUGUGCUAGUAUUGUAAAUGUCAGAAAGCAAUCAAAAAUUGUAUCUCCCCUACCGCAGCGUAAGGAAUAGUGUUUGUUCUUUCACUUCUCUUCAAGUUAUAUUUCCAAAGGUGUAGUAGCAGUGUCAGUCUUUGAGGGUGCCACAAGACUCUUGAUUUUUGCUGCAAGAGACCAACAGAUUUACUUCAGCACAAAGUUUCUUGGACUCAGGCCCAUUUUGUCAGGUGUGCGAAACCAAAAUUUAGUUGGCUUUAUAAAAGUGAAAAUUGUAAGUGACAGCUAGAUACUAACUACUGUGUUAAACAAGCACAUCUUUAACUUUUUAUAGUACCAGAUUGUUGGUCAGUGGUGAGAUGACUGCAUUAUUUCCCUGGUGAAAAAGGCUAAAGAUGUGUCUAUGUAGCACAUCUAGUUAACAUCUUAAGUAUCACUGAGUUUUAAUUUUUGCAUCUUACUGCCAUUCAACUAGCACCUUGAUUUUUCUCUUCUAUGCACCUGCCAACUUGAGUGGGCUUGAGUCCAGUCUUUUAAGAUACAAUACUUGUUUGCUUUUGGUACAUGUGUUGAUUAGCCUUCAGCCAAUGUGCUCUAUGGACUCUAGCAAUGGACUCUAGCAACUGGAGGGGAAAUCAUGUUUCUGUACGGGAAGAUGAGGUCCUAAAGAGGAGCCAAGGUAACCUUAUUCUUUUAAGUCUCCCAUUUUCCACUGUGGGAUGUCAUGAGUCCAGGAAACCAUCCUUUGGUUCUCUUGGCCUGAGCAAGACUAACUCUUGAAUUCCAAUGUCCUGAUGUGCUUCCAACUUCCAGCCUCGCCCUAGAGACAUGCACUACAUUCUUCUAUUAAGCUCUGAGCCGAACACUCCUUCCAUGGUUAAAACAUUUUAUCCUUAAAAGACAUGGAUGCCACACAUGCAUUCAGAAAAAAAAGUAACCUACUUCCAGUAAUUAAGAGCUUCUUAUGAGAAUUUGGUCCAGCCAUUCUGGUGAAGCGCAGGGAGUUCAAGGGAAUCUGAUGUAAUGGGUAAAUAUAGCUCAUUUUUUAUCUGCAUGCAACUCCUUAGCAAGCUGGUGGCCUGUGUUGACCUGCCAAGUGAUGAGAAUUUUACUAGCCUUUUGUAUUUGGUCAGGAGUGGAGAGUAGAGGGGGAGUGGUAAAGGGUGCUUAACAUGGCCAAUAAUAACAAAUUGCUGGCCUCCAGGCAGUUGCACAUGGUGGCAUGUUGGUAAAUGGUCAAUUGUACUCUCCCACUAGUGGGGGGUGGGGUGGGAAAUCUCUGGUCCUGUAGUAGUUGCUAGGCUACAACUCCCAUCAUGCUUGACAAUUGGCCAUGCUGGCUGGAGGUGAUGAGAAUUGGGAGUCCAGCCACAGGUGACCACCCAAAAAAACCCCACUCUUAGGAAUUGGUAAGAGUAAAGGGGGUGUGUAUGAAGAAUAUAUUUGUAUCAAGAGGGAGUUUGUGGUGAAUGAUUAUGGAUAUGUUUGGGUAGAGGAACAUCGGCAAAGCCGGUUUUCUCUAAUGUUGCUGCCUCAAAAGAUGCCUGUUAAAUAGGAUCAGAAACCAAACUGAUUGGAUGUAGGUUCCUACCCCCCAAAAAAAAUUCUUCCAGAAACCCCCACCCCACCCCUGCCCGAUUUCAAGCGCUGAGGAUCUUGUUCCAUUUAAUCUGUAGUCCGUUCCCCACCCCCCCUAUUUUAGGAAGUUUUGUUGGCUACGAAAAGCACCUGCAGGUUAAACGCUAAUGUUGCAUGUAAUUUAAAGUGUUGACUUGUAAGAACACUUAUCAGGGAUGAAAUGGCAUUUAUUGUGUGGUGACCUUUCUAGUUCACACUUUACAGAUUGUUUUGGAGUUUUGUGUGUGUGUGCGCGUAUGCGUGUGUGUGCGUGAGUGGCUGUGCGUGUGGGGUUAAUUUCCAGGGUUGUGUUUCUGGAAGGAUGUGACUGUAAUCGCAGUACUAUGUACAGAGCUUUCUUUUGUAUUAAAAAAAAAAUACUCUUUCAAUAAAUGUAUCAUUUUGUGCACAGAC